CAGAAUCAGCGUUCCCGGCCUGGACGCCUCGGCUGGAGGGACUGCUGUCAGAAGGAAAAACAAAACUACACGGCGCUGACGGCCUGUAGUUUUGUUUUUUUCUGUGGGGUUCCUUCGAGGCUCAGCUUGUUCUCCUUUUGGAUUUUCUGACUAAAUUUUCUGGAUAAAGAGAUUUUUGAUUUUCCUGAAGACAGCCCCCCCUGGGCAUCCCAGGCAUCCUUGUGCAGACAAGGUGCCGACCAACAUGUCAACACAGGCGCCGACAUUCACGCAGCCGCUGCAGAGCGUCGUGGCACUUGAGGGUAGUGCCGCGACGUUCGAGGCUCAAGUUAGUGGUUCUCCAGUUCCUGAGGUGAGCUGGUUUCGUGAUGGCCAGGUUCUUUCCGCCGCCGCUUUGCCCGGCAUUCAGAUCUCGUUCAGUGAUGGCCGCGCUGUUCUGAGGAUCCCCGCUGUGACCGCCGCACACAGCGGAAGAUUUUCCGUCAGAGCCACCAAUGGCGCUGGACAAGCCACGAGCACUGCUGAACUUCUUGUUACAGCCGAGACGGCGCCUCCAAACUUCCUUCAGAGACUGCAGAGCUCGACAGUGAGACAGGGCAGCCAGGUGAGACUGGAUGUCCGGGUGACAGGAAUCCCAACACCUGUGGUGAAGUUCUACAGAGAGGGAGCCGAGAUCCAGAGCUCAGCUGACUUCAGGAUCCUCCAGGAGGGCGACCUGUACAGUCUGCUGAUCGCAGAGGCCUUCCCAGAGGAUUCUGGGACAUAUUCUGUGACUGCAACCAAUAGCAGUGGGCGUGCCACCUCCACCGCUGAACUGCUGGUUCAGGGUGAGGAAGCUGUACCUACAAAGAAAACCAAGACUAUUGUGUCCACAUCCCAGAUGGAGACUUCCCAGACAAGAGUGCAGAGGAAGAUGGAGGCCAGUUUCCAAGCCACCACCAUGAUGGAGAUGCACGUAGAAGGAGGAAUGAUGACUCAGCAUUUGGCUCACAAAACCCCUCCGCGGGUUCCCCCAAAGCCGACCUCCAAGUCCCCACCGUCCUAUGUUUCCAAGAUGACGGGAGGACGCCAGCAGUCACCUUCACCUGUCAGACAUGUGAAAGGGCCGACGCCCGCAUCUGUCAGACCCGUGUCUCCCUCCGCCAGACUGUCCAUCUCUCCCAUCAGACCGGUUAAAUCUCCUUUGAUGACAAGGAAACAGAUAUCUGCCUCUCCGGAGGUCCUGCCACCCUGGAAGCAGGGCGACUAUUCGGCUGAAGCCAGCUACACCACUAUGAGCAGCAUGACCAGUGUGAGUAGCGCCACCCAGCUUCAUAUGGAGAAACACUGGGAGCAGCAAGUCACCGCCACCAGAGAGGAGGCUGCUGCAGUGCCCACAAGAGCUCAGGAGCCUGUUGUUCCUCCCACUCUUAUUGCUGGCCUGAAGAAUGUGACAGUGACAGAGGGCGAGUCAGUGACCCUUGAGUGUCAGAUCAGUGGCCACCCUGCUCCCGUCAUUAUGUGGUUCAGAGAGGACUACCAGAUCGAGAGCUCCAUCGACUUCCAGAUCACUUACAAUAGCGGAUUUGCCAGGAUGGUGAUCCGAGAGGCAUUCGCUGAAGACAGCGGCCGCUUCACUUGCACCGCUACCAGCGAAGCAGGAACCAUCAGCACCUCCUGCUACCUGCUUGUCAAAGUGUCAGAAGAAAUUGAAAGCAGAGAGGAAGUGACAACUGUCACUGAAACUGGAAUCACUCAAGAGAAAACUGUUUCCGUUGAGAUGAAGGAACAGAUGGUGGCGGAGGUGAGUGCAGGAGAGUCUGCUGCUCCCUUCUUCAUCAAGAAACCGACCGCUCAGAUGCUGGUGGAGGGAGGAAGCGUCGUCUUCGAAUGCCAGAUCGGAGGAAACCCCAAACCCCACAUCAUCUGGAAGAAGAGCGGUGUGCCACUCACUACUGGAUAUAGAUAUAAAGUCGCCUACAAGAAAGAGACUGGAGUAUGCAAACUGGAGAUCUCCAUGACCUUUGCUGAUGAUGCUGGAGAAUACUCCAUCUACAUAAAGAAUUCCCACGGAGAAGCCUCAGCCACCGCCAGCCUGCUGGAGGAAGAGGCAUAUGAAGCCUAUAUGAAGCAGCAUGACGUGACAUAUAAAACUGAAGUGACAACGACAGUGAUUCAGGAGCCCUCUGUGGUUGUGAGUCAAUACGAGACGGAACAGAGGAGGGUGACAACCCCCAUGAGCUUUGUCUCAGAAACGGAAUUCCUCAUUUCAGCCUUUGAAGAGAGGAUCAUCCAGGAGAUUGAGCUCCGUAUCAUGAGAAUUACCUACAGAGAGCUGGUAACAGAGGAUGGAGAACUGAUGGUGACUGUAGCAGAGGAGGAGGCAGUGCAGCCAGCCUUUGAGACGCCGGUCAAAAACUACCGGAUCAUGGACGGAAUGGGCGUCAUUUUCCACUGCAAGAUGGGUGGAAAGCCACUGCCAAAGAUUGUUUGGUACAAAGAUGGCCAGCGCAUCAGAGCUGGUGGCCGUUACCAGAUGGAGGUCCUGCAGGAUGGACGAGCCAGUCUUCGUCUGCCUGUUGUGCUGCCAGAGGAUGAGGGCGUGUAUACCGCCUUUGCAGCUAACAUGAAGGGUAAUUCAGUCAGUUCUGGGAAGCUGUAUGUGGAGCCGUCCGGAACUGUAACACCUCAGAGAUACACACCACAGCCAGCGAUGCAGAGGAUCAGAUCCACAUCUCCUCGCUCUCUGAGCCGCUCACCUGGCCGUUCUUCCAGCCGUUCUCCUGGACGUUCUCCCGCCCGCAGGCUUGAUGACACAGACGAGGCCCAGCUGGAAAGACUCUACAAACCUGUGUUUGUGAUGAAGCCUUCCUCAAUAAAAUGCUCUGAGGGGCAGACUGCCAGAUUUGACUUGAAGGUUGUUGGCAGACCAAUGCCUGAAACAUACUGGUUCCACAAUGGACAACAAGUGGUCAAUGACUACACCCACAAGAUAGUGAUUAAAGAGGAUGGUACCCAGUCCCUGAUUAUUGUCCCAGCCAUGCCAAAAGACUCUGGAGAGUGGACAGUCGUCGCUCAGAACAGAGCUGGACGGACCUCUGUCUCUGUAACUCUUACUGUUGAUGCUAGAGAAAGCGUGGCACGCCCUCAGUUUAUUGAGAAGCUGAGGAACAUUACUGUGAAGCAGGGCACUCUGGUUGAGUUGGCUGUCAAAGCCAUUGGGAACCCCCUGCCUGACAUCGUCUGGCUGAAAAACAGUGACAUUAUCACCCCACAGAAGCACCCACAUAUCAAGAUUGACGGAACUAAAGGAGAGGCCAAAUUCCAGAUUGCAUCUUCUUCAGGCUCAGACAGUGCCUGGUACACUGCUACAGCCAUCAACAAGGCUGGCAGAGACACUACUCGCUGCAGAGUCAACGUUGAGAUGGACUUCACUGCUCCUCAAGCUGAGAGGAAGCUCAUUAUUACCAAAGGAACCUACAAAGCCAAGGAGAUCGCAGCUCCGGAGUUGGAGCCCCUUCAUAUGCGAUAUGGACAAGAGCAAUGGGAGGAGGGUGACCUUUAUGACAAAGAGAAGCAGCAGAAACCACAGUUCAAGAAGAAGCUGACCUCUAUCAGAAUGAAGCGCUGCGGUCCAGCUCAUUUUGAGUGUAGACUGACCCCUAUCGGUGAUCCCACCAUGGUAGUGGAGUGGCUGCAUGAUGGCAAACCACUGGAUGCUGCUAACAGGUUACGCAUGGUCAAUGAAUUUGGCUACUGCAGUCUUGAUUAUGAAGCUGCUUACGCUAGAGACAGUGGCGUCGUCACCUGCAGAGCCACAAACAAGUUUGGAGUCGACCAGACUUCGGCCACCCUGAUUGUUAAGGAUGAGAAGGGCCUUGUCGAGGAAACACAGCUUCCCGAAGGAAGGAGGGCUCCGCACAGAAUGGAUGAGAUUGAGCGAAUUGCUCAUGAGGGAGGACCUGCAGGAGUCACCACUGACGACGAAUAUGAAAAGACCAAACCUGAUAUUGUGCUGCUCCCUGAACCGGCCAGAGUGCUGGAAGGUGACAUUGCACGAUUCCGCUGCAGAGUGACUGGUUAUCCAGCACCCAAGGUUAACUGGUACCUCAACGGACAACUCAUCCGCAAAAGCAAGAGAUACAGACUUCGUUAUGAUGGUAUUUACUAUUUGGAGAUUGUUGACAUCAAAUCCUACGACUCAGGAGAGGUCAGGGUGGUUGCAGACAAUCCUCUUGGCACAACUGAGCACACUGUGAAGCUGGAGAUCCAACAGAAAGAGGACUUUAGAUCCGUACUGCGCCGUGCUCCAGAAUCAAAGGCUACAGAAGCCGCACGUGAGCCUGGCAGAAUCGGAUUUGAUGUUGUGAAGGCCGACCGAUCUGCUGAGGCCGCACAGGACAGAGAAGUAGUUAAGUUGCGUAAGGCACAGAGAAUUGUUCACGAGAAAACCACAGAGGAGACAGACGAACUGAAGAGCAAGUUCAAGCGUAGAACAGAGGAAGGUUUCUAUGAGUCCAUAUCUGCUGUGGAGUUCAAGUCUCGCAAGAGGGAUGACUCCUAUGAAGAUCUACUGAAGAAGACUAAGGACGAUCUGCUUCAUCGCUUGAAGGAGAAAGAAGAAGCCGAGAGGAAGUUGCUGGAGGAACAGGGCAAAGUCACCAUCCCCACAAUCAAACCAGAGAGGGUCCAGCUCUCUCCCAGCAUGGAGGCACCCAAGAUCCUGGAACGCAUUACUAGCAAGACAGUUGCUCCAAUGGAUGAGGUUCGUUUCCGAGUCAGAGUCGUUGGCAGACCAGAACCUGAGUGCCAGUGGUUCAAGAACGGCAUUCUGGUGGAAAAGUCUGACCGUAUUUACUGGUACUGGUCUGAGGAUCACGUGUGUGAACUGGUGAUCCGAGAUGUCACAGUAGAGGACUCAGCUAGCAUCAUGGUUAAAGCCAUGAAUGUCGCUGGGGAGGCCUCAAGCCAUGCCUUCCUGCUUGUGCAAGCCAAGGCGGCAGUUAACUUUACCCAACACCUGGAGGAUGUCAGUGCAAAUGAGAAGGACACCAUGAUGACUUUUGAGUGUGAAACCAACGAACCUUUCGUCAAAGUCAAAUGGCUCAAGAACAACACGGAGAUCUUUUCCGGAGACAAAUACAGAAUGCAUUCAGACAGAAAGGUCCACUUCCUGUCUGUGCUGACAAUUGAAAUGAGGGAUGAUGCCGAAUACACUUGUGUGGUUACAGAUGAUGAGAGCAUCAGGACGAGCGCAAGGCUCCAUGUAGAAGGUGCUGCCCUGGAGCUCGUAAAACACAUGGAGAACAUUGAGGUGCCAGAGACAUAUGCUGGAGAGUUUGAGGUUGAGCUGUCUCGCGAGGAUGCCGAGGGCAGUUGGUUCUUCGGAGAUAAGGAGCUCUCUCCCAGCAGCAAAUACGUAAUGUCCUCCCGCAGAGGAAGACACUCCCUGUCCGUCAAGGAUGUCAGGAAGGGAGACCAGGGGAAAUAUACCUUUGUAUGUGGAGAUCUGAGGACCAGCGCCUCACUGAAGAUGAAAUUGCGCCCAGUGACCCUGAUGCAGCCCUUAACCGACCUUACAGUGUGUGAGGGCGACAUCGCUCAGCUGGAGGUCAGGUUCUCCCAGGAGAAUGUUGAGGGAACCUGGAUGAAGAACGGCCAGGCCAUCUCCGCCUCGGACCGCGUCCACAUCGUUAUCGACAAACUGGUGCACAAGCUGCUGGUGGAGAAUGUCACCAGAGAAGAUGCUGCUUCCUACUCUUUUGUGGUUCCCGCCCAAGACAUCUCCACCUCGGGCAAACUCAGUGUUCAAACCAUUGACAUUGUGGUGCCACUGAAGGAUGUGUCCUCCAUCGAAGGCACCAAGGCUGUUCUCGAGGCCAAGAUCUCAGCUCAGGACAUCAGCUCAGUCAAAUGGUACCACAAUGAUAAACUGCUGGUACCCAGUGACCGAGUCCAAACUGUGGCAAAGGGAGCCAAGCAACGUCUGGUUCUCACCAGGACCUAUGCCUCUGAUGAAGGACACUACAAACUGGUGGUUGGCAAGGUCGACACCAGCUGCAGCCUGACUAUCGAAAAGGUACACAUUGUGAAGCACAUGGAGGACAAAGUGUGCUCAGAGUCCCAGAACGUCACCUUUAAUGUUGAAGUUUCUCACCCCGGAAUCGACCCAGUCUGGACAUUCAGAAGCCAGCAGCUCAAACCUGGACCCAAACACAAAAUGGAGACCAAGGGCAAGGCUCACUCUCUGACGGUCAUUGACACCAUGAAGGACGAGGAGGGCCAGUACAUGUUCCACGCCGGUGAAAAGACAUCCAGUGCCAAGCUCACUGUCUCCGGUGGAGCCAUUACACGGCCCCUGCAGGACGUGACAGUGGCAGAGUCUCAGACAGCUGAGCUGGAGUGUGAAGUUGCCAACGCCAACGCUGAGGGCAAGUGGCUGAAGGAGGGUAAGCCUGUGGACUUCAGCGAGAACGUGGUGAGUGAGGUGAAGGGAGCCGUCAGACGCCUCAUCAUCAUCAUCACCAGACCACAGGAUGUCGGAGAGUACAGCUACCAGGUGGCCAACUCCAAAACCACCGCCAACCUCAGGGUGGAGGCGGUGAAGAUCAAGAAAACUUUGAGGAACCAGACUGUGACAGAGACCCAGGAGGCGGUAUUCAUGCUGGAGCUCACCCACCCCGACGUGAAAGGGUCCCAGUGGAUCAAGAACGGUGUGGAGCUUCAGAGCAGCGACAAGUACGAGAUCACAACCGACGGCAUGGUCCACACGCUGAAGGUCAAGAACUGCAACACACAGGACGAGUCUGUUUAUUCCUUCAAACUGGGAAAACUGUCGGCCAACGCUAGACUCAACGUAGAGACGAUCAAAAUCAUAAAGAAGAUUAAGGACGUGACAUCACUGCUGGACAGCACCGCCUCUUUCGAGAUGAGCCUGUCACAUGACAAUAUCCCCGUCAGGUGGAUGUUUAAAGGCGUGGAGCUGAAGUCGAGCGACAAGUGUAAGAUUCUGUCGGAGCGGAAAGCUCACAAACUGAUCCUGCAGAACGUCGACAGCAGCAACGCAGGAGAGUACACGGCUGUGGUUGGACACCUGCAGUGCAGCGCCAUGCUCACCGUGGAGGCUCUGCGAGUCACCAAACCCAUGAAGAGUGUGGUGGUCCCGGAGACCCAGAUGGCCACGUUUGAGUGUGAAGUCUCUCACUUCAACGUGCCGUCCACCUGGCUGAAAGAUGGCGUGGAGAUCGAGAUGAGCGAGAAGUUCAGGAUCGUGGUUCAGGGAAAACUCCACCAGCUGAAGAUCAUGAACACCAGCAGGGACGACUCCGCAGAGUACACCUUCAUCUGCGGGAACGACAAAGUCUCUGCAACACUCACCGUUAACCCUGUCAUGAUCACCUCCAUGCUGAAGGAUCUGAACGCUCAGGAGAGAGACACCAUCACCUUCGAGGUCACCGUCAAUUACGAGGGCAUCACCUACAAAUGGCUGAAGAACGGCGUGGAGGUCAAGUCUUCGGACAGAUGCCAGGUCCGCAGCCGGCAGCUCACGCACUCGCUCACCAUCCGAAAUGUUCACUUCGGAGACGGAGGAGAGUACCAGUUCGUGGCCGGGUCCGCCGCCACCGCCGCUAACCUGUUCGUCGAAGCUCGUGUGAUUGAAUUCACCAAGAAAAUCAAGGACAUAAAGAUCACAGAGAAGAAGAAGGCUAUUUUUGAAUGUGAGGUUUCUGAGCCUAACAUUCAGGUGAUGUGGAUGAAGGACGGCCAGGAGAUGGACAUGACUGAGGAAAGGUACACCGUGACAGCAGAGAAGUACGUUCACCGUCUGAUGAUCCAGACAGUCCGUAUAUCCGAUGCUGGAGAGUAUUCGGUUGUGGCUGGAUCAAGUGUCUCCAAGGCCCAGCUGAUCGUGGAGGGCCGCGACAUCCGGAUCUCCGAACCUGCCGAGCGGGAAAUCACGGUUCUGGAGAAACACAGAGCGACCUUCGAGUUCGAGGUGAACGAGGACGACGUGGAGGGUCACUGGCUGAGGAACGGGGUGGAGAUCCAGUUCUCGGUGGAAGAGAGGUUCAACUACGUGGCCAUCAGGAAGCUGCACCGCCUCACCAUCUCUGAGACCUACAGGAGCGACGCCGGGGAGUACACCUUCAUCGCAGGCAAAAACAGGAGCACCAUGCACCUCCGAGUGAACAUCCCGGAGCCGCCUCAGAUCCUUCGCCACAUGGAGCCCCAGUCGGUGGAGGCCGGUAAACCAGCUCGCUUCUCCGUGCAGGUGAGCGGCGUUCCUCAGCCUCAAGUCUUCUGGUUCAAAAACUCCCAGGCUCUGUCUCCGGGCUUCAAGUGCAAGUUCCUGCACGACGGCAACGAGCACUCGCUGCUGCUGAUCGAGGUGUUCCCCGAGGACGCCGCCAUCUACAACUGCGAGGCCAAGAACGAGUACGGCACCACCACCAGCACCGCCACGCUCAAUGUGGAAGUGUCAGAAGUGGUUUCUCCGGACUCAGCUGCUACCGUUGCUCCUCCCGUUGUCAUCUCACCCAUCGCCAGCACCUCGGCCCGCGAAGGAGAACCGGCUCGCUUCCAGUGCAGAGUCCGCGGAGAUGACGUGAAGAUCAGCUGGUUCCACAAGGAGAAGGAGAUCAAGCAGUCGGAGUUCUUCAGGAUGUCCCAGUUUGAUGACAGCUGUCAGCUGGAGAUCUCCAGGGUUUACCCGGAGGAUGAGGGCGAGUACACGUGCGUGGCCACGAACAAUGCCGGCACCGCAUCCUGCUCCGCCACUCUCACACUGGACGUGACUCACAUGAGAGAGCAGAUUGAAGCCAAGAUUGAGCAAGAAGUCAAAGUGCCACCUGUGUUUAGGGAGAAAAUCACACCUCUGGAGAUAAACGUCGGCAGCCAAGCCAAGUUCGAAUGUGAAAUUGAGGAUGCUCCGGGUGUGACCUUCAAAUGGUACAAGUCUGGCAUUGAGAUCAAACAGAGCGAGAAGUAUAGGAUCCUCAGUCGCCACAACGGUUCAUCCCUGGAACUUUUGAACCCAAUCAAAGCUGACAGCAGUGAAUACACCUGCAAAGCUUCAAACCAGCAUGGCACUGACAGCUGCACUGCCUCACUCAUUGUCACCGAACCACCUGAAUUUGUGCUGAAACUCCCUGCCACAAAGUUUGUGAAGCAGGGUGAGUCACUCCGACUGGAGUGCAAAGUCAGUGGCACAGCCCCUCUGAAAGUGACCUGGUACAAACACGACACCAAGGUCACAGAUGGGGGCAACUACAGGACAUCCUUUGUUGACUCAGUAGCAGUCCUGGAACUGCACUCUACCAGCUUUGAUGAUGAUGGAGUUUACACCUGUGAAGCUCAGAAUGAUGCUGGCAGUGUCAGCUGCAGCACCACACUUACCGUUAAAGACCCCCCAUCCUUUGUCAAAGUACCUCAGCCUGUUGAAGGGCUGAAGGGUAAGGACGUGAGUCUGUACUGCGAGAUGAGCGGUACAGCUCCGUUCCAGAUCACCUGGUUCAAAGACAGGAAACCUUUGAUGGAGAGCAGGAAAUAUAAGAUGGUGAGCGAGGGCAGCUCAGCUACGCUGCAUGUCAUUGGAUUAGAGCCCUCGGAUGCUGGCGAAUACGAGUGCAAAGUGUCAAACAGUGUAGGAAGUGACACCUGCCAGACGUCAGUUAAACUCAGAGAGCCCCCGUCGUUUGUGAAGAAACUGUCAAACAUGACAGUGAUACUGGGAGAGGAGGUGACCCUUGUGGCCACUGUUAAAGGCUCUGAACCCAUUACUGUGUCCUGGGUUCAAGACAAGGAUCACAUUCUCAGGGACGGUGACAACAGGAAAAUCACCUUUGAGAACAACCAGGUCGCUCUUAAAGUCUUUAAGGCCGAUGCAACCACGGCAGGCAAAUACACCUGCCAACUCAGAAACGAUGCUGGGAGUGUGGAGUGUUUCGCUAACUUGACUGUUCUAGAACCUGCUAAGAUAGUGGAUAAGCCUGAUGCUCUGAGUGUGACGGCAGGUGACAUUGCCGCCCUAGAAGUCAAAGUGUGUGGAACCCCUGAGCUUACACCUAAGUGGUUCAAGGAUGGUGUUGAGCUGGCCUCCGGGAGGAAAUACAAAAUCUCAUUUUCUCGGAUGAUUUCCAGUCUGAACGUGCUCUCUGCUGAGAAAGUGGACUCUGGAGAAUAUACAUUUGAGGUUAUGAAUGAGGUCGGGAAGGACCUGAGUAAAAUUAAUCUCACUGUUUUAGAUAAGAUCAUACCUCCAACAUUCUCAAGGAAGUUGAAGGAUUGCAACACAGUGGUCGGAGAUGCCGGAGAGAUGGAGUGCAAAGUGUCGGGCUCCCCACCUUAUACCAUCUCAUGGUACCACGAUGGGGAGGAGAUACAGAGCGGGCCAAAUUACGAGAUUUCAUUCAGUAACAACAACUGCAUGCUCAAAGUGCCCACGCUGAAGUUGUCCGACUCUGGAGUGUAUAAAUGUAAAGCUGUCAACAAGGCAGGAUCCAGUGAAACCACAGCCUCCUUGGUUGUAAAAGAACCUCCAUCUUUCGUGGUGCCACCACAGCCGAUGGAAGCCAUGCCAGGCUCGAAUGUGACUUUCUCUGCCAUGGUGAAAGGCAGCGCCCCCCUCAAACUGAAGUGGUUCAGAGGAACAAAGGAGAUUGUGGCUGGACGGAGCUGUACUUUCUCCCUGAAGGAUAACCAAGUUAUUUUGGAGCUUUUCAAUGUGGACAGAACUCACGCUGGAGAGUACACCUGUCAGAUAAUUAAUGAUGCAGGAAAGGAGAGCAGCCCAGUUAAUCUGAUUGUCAAAGAGCCAGCAGCCUUCUCUAAGAAGCUGAAGGAUGUGUCAGUUGAAAAAGGCAAACCGUUGACGCUGGAGUGUACGUACACUGGAACUCCUAAAAUCACAGUGAACUGGUACAAAGACGGCCAGCAGAUCUUUGCUUCUUACAAGUACAACAUCACCACAACCGAAAGCUCCUGCAUCCUCGAGUGUCUGAGCACUGACGACAUGGAGGCCGCAGGGAAAUACUCCUGCGAAGUGUCCAAUGAUGCCGGAAAGGACACGUGUGAGGCAGCUGUGUCCAUCCUUGAGUCGGCGUACUUCGUCGAGUCCCUGGAGCCCAUGGAGGUGACAGCGGGAGACGCUGUGUGUCUGAAGUGUCAGGUGGCGGGCACACCUGAGAUCAAGGUGUCCUGGUUCAAGGCGGACGGCAAAGUCAGGUCCAGCCCCACCUGUAAGUUAGAGUACUCGAAGGGCGUCGCCUGUCUGAAGCUCAGCAAGGCCACCAAGGCCGACAUUGGAGAGUAUACCUGCAAGGCGGAGAACCGGAUUGGCUCCGCCUCCUCCACCUGCAGACUAAAUGUGCUAGAGGCCAAAACGCCGCCAACCUUCCCCAAGAAAAUCACCAGCCUGCAGCAGACCGAGGAUCAGCCGGUCAGGUUCGAGUGCCGUGUUGCUGGCUCGUCACCCAUCGAGGUGUCGUGGCUGAAAGACGGCGAGCCUCUGAGGGAGGGAAGCGAGUUCUCCAUGACAUACGACGAUAACACUGCCGUGCUGCAGAUCAGCCGUGGCGAGAUGAGGCACUCCGGGGAGUACGCUUGCGUGGCCACCAACAGCGUGGGCUCGACCUCCUGCAGAGCCAAGCUCACCCUACAAGAACCAAGAUAUCCUCCAGUCUUUGACAGGAAGUUGUCACCACAGGAGGUGACGGUGGGUGACAGCAUUGAGCUUGAGUGUCACAUGACUGGCUCUGCCCCCAUUAAAGUCACAUGGUCCAAAGACCAUAAAGAUAUUCGCACUGGGGGAAAUUAUAAGAUCAGCUGUGUGGAAAACACGCCCCACCUGACCAUUCUGAAGGCAGAUAAAGCCGACACGGGGAGAUACUUCUGCCAUGCCUCUAAUGACAUGGGGAAGGACUCUUGUUCCUCUGAUAUCACUGUCAAAGAGCGUAAAAAUCCUCCAGUUUUCACCAAAAAGCCCUCGGAGCAGAUCGAGGACAUGGAGGGCAAACUGGUGAAGAUCGAGGGCCGCGUCUCCGGCUCGCAGCCAAUGUCCGUCAGCUGGUUCAAAGACAACACAGAGAUCUACAGCUCCGACAAAUACGACAUCAGCUUCAAGAGUAACGUGGCCGUGCUGUGCAUUAAGAGCAGCCAGGUGGUGGACAGCGGCAGGUACUCCUGCCAGGCCUCCAACGAGGCUGGAAGAGUCUCCUGCGACGUCACUGUGGGCAUCUCAGAGGCCAAGAAAGCUCCGGUGUUUGACGUCCCUCUCAAACCGGUGACGGUGGACGAGGGCGAGAAGCUGGGCCUCAGGUGUCACGUCUGCGGGACUCCUCCUCUGAAGAUCCAGUGGAUGAAGGACAGGAAGGACCUGACGUCAGCUGGCAGCACCAGGAUCAGCUUCUCUGACGGGACGGCCUGUCUGGAGAUCAGCUCGGCCUCCAGGCACGACGCCGGCGAUUACCUCUGCAAGGCCACCAACGAUGCCGGCAGCGAGUUCUGCAAGGCCAAAGUCACCAUCAAAGAGAAACCAGGAGCAGCUCCGGCUCCCGCUGAAGCUCCAGCAGCCGCUCCAACCAAAAAACUGGCAAACCUGUUCUUCGUCGAGGAACCCAAAACUACACACGUCACUGAGAAGGGCACCGCCACCUUCAUCGCCAAAGUUGGCGGCGACCCCAUCCCCAGUGUGAAGUGGAUGAAGGGUAAGUGGAGGCAGAUCACACACGGUGGCCGGAUCUCCAUCGAGCAGAAGGGCCAGGAGGCCAAACUGGAGAUCAGAGAGGUGACCAAGUCAGACUCGGGUCAGUACAGGUGUGUCGCCUCCAACAAGCACGGAGAGAUUGAGUCCAGCUCCGAAAUGCACGUGGACGAAAAAAAAGAGUCAGCACAGCUCGAGGGAGACCUCAGAGCCAAAUUGAAGAAGACGCCUUCGAAGCAGAAGAGUCCACAGGAGGAAAAGGACAUUGACAUUGUUGAGUUGUUGAGGAAUGUGGACCCCAAAGAGUACGAGAAAUAUGCCCGAAUGUACGGCAUCACCGACUACCGAGGCCUGCUGCAGGCCAUCGAGCAGCUGAAGAAGGAGAAAGCUGAAGAAAGUGGAAGACCGGAACUGGAACGUGGAGACAGAGAGUCUGAUGAAGACAUGGCCCGACUGGUGGCCGACCUGCAGAAGAGGAUGGAGCGGACAGAGCCUGUCACUGUGGUGAAGGACAUCUCCGAUCAGUCCGUCUUCACCAACAAGGAGGCAGUGUUUGAGUGUGAGAUCAAGAUCAACUACCCGGAGAUCACCCUGUCCUGGUACAAGGGCACCCAGAAACUGGACACCAACGACAAGUAUGACAUCAGCAUCAGUGGCGACCGCCACCUGCUCAAGAUCAAGAAGUGCCAGUCGUCUGACCAGGGCAACUACCGGGUGGUCUGUGGGCCGCACAUCUCCAGCGCCAAGCUCACCGUCAUGGAGGCGGAGAUUGAAAAGCAUCUGCAGGACACAUCGGCUGAACAAAUUCAUUUCACCAAACGCAUCCACAACAUCGAAGUCAACGAGCGCCAGUCAGCCACCUUUGAGUGCGAGGUGUCCUUCGACAACGCUAUUGUUUCAUGGUACAAAGACACCUGGGAACUGAGAGAGAGCCCUAAAUACAACUUCACAAGCGAGGGCCGAAGACAUUUCAUGGUCAUCCGAAACGUGACCAUUGAAGACGAAGGCGUGUACUCAGUGAUUGUGAGGUUGGAGCCCAGAGGAGAGGCUAAGAGCACAGCUGAGCUUUAUUUGUCUGGCAAAGAAAUUGAAUUAGCAAUGGUGCCCUUCGAUGUCCCAGACUCCUCAGUUCAGAGGCCUGAAGUGCCUUCGUCAGUGGCUAUUCAAGAAUCCGCUGAAUUCUAUCAUUAUGAAGAAGAACAUAGAGAAUCAGCUGAAUAUUCAUAUCAUUAUGAGGAAGAGGUGGAGGUGGAACAGAGAGUCGAGUAUCAGAGCUGGACAGAAGAGACGGUAACACAACAGGUGUCCACAACCAAAGCUGUCAGAGUUCCCAUUGAGGAGACCGUGGAGACCAAGAAAGUUGGAAUGAGAGAGGAGAUCCCAUCAAAAGUUCCCAAAGCUGAGAAAAAGCCUGAAGAAAAGCCAGCACCAGCUUUGAAGGAGCCAUCGCCACCAAAAGUACCUGAGGCCAAAAAGCCAGUGGAGGAAAAGAUUCCUGUAGUUUCAGUCCCAGAGAAGAAGAAAGUUCUUCCUCCCAAAGAACCAGAGGAGGUUAAGAAGCCUGCUACUGCUCCCUCGCUGCCUGCCGAGAAGCCUGGAGUGCCAAAGAAAGAUGAGCACAAACCUCAGGUACCAGCUGAGCCCAAAAAAGUGGCCCCCGCUGCUAAGCCUGAGCCUGAACCCAAACCCAAACCGAAAGCAGAACCUGAACCAAAGCCUAAGCCCACACCGGCUCCCAAAGCAGAACCUGAAGCCAAACCUGCGGCGAAGGUUGAGCCAGAGCCUGAAGCUAAGCUGGCACUGGUAAAGAAGACGGCAACACCACCAUCCAAAGAUGAAACCAAGGGACCCGUCCAAGCACCAGGAGGAGUCAAGAAAGAGGGACAACCAGCAGAAGAAGCAGGAAGGGGUAGAGGUAGAGGGCUGAAACCCAAGCAGACCCCGUCCCCUGGUGAAGGCAGGGGCCGUGGCCUGAAGCCUGGUGGAAGAGGUCCAACACCACCAGAAGAACCGUUUGCAGGAUUCAAGCUUAAAGCUGUCCCUCUGAAGUUCAUUAAGAAGCUUCAAGACAUAGUGUUAAAGGAAGCUGAGUCUAUUGGCUCCUCUGCUGUGUUUGAGUGUGAGGUCUCACCUUCCACUGCUAUUACCUCAUGGAUGAAAGAUGGCAGUAACCUGCGCGAGAGCCCCAAGCACAAGUUUACUUCUGAUGGCAAAGAUCGCAAGUUGAACAUUAUUGACGUCCAGCUGUCUGACACUGGUGAAUAUACCUGCGUGGCGAAGAACGCUGGCAAGGAAAUAUCAUGCACAGCCAAACUCAUAGUUGAAGAGCUACCUGUGAAAUGGAUCAAAGAACUGGAGGAGGAGACUUCAGCUCUAAAGGGUCAGCCAGUGUAUAUGACCUGUGAGUUGAACAAAGAGAGAGAUGUGGUAUGGAAAAAGAAUGGCGAGGUCCUGAAGAAACAGGCCGGCAAGGUUCAGAUCAAUAUCAUUGGUAUGCAGCAUGCUGUGACCAUCCAGAAUUCCAAUGAGGCGGAUACUGGGAUCUACUCAUGCGAAGUGGCUGGCCAGGAGGAUGUCAAGACUUCCACAAAUGUCAAAGUGAUUGAAAUCAUCAAAGAUUGGAUUGUGAAACCACUGAAAGACCAGCAUGUGAAACCGAAGGCUACUGCUACAUUUAAAUGUGAGCUCUUUAAGGACACUCCCAAUUGGAAGUGGAUUAAAGGAGAGAAUGAGGUCACUCCCUCUGACAAGAUUGAGAUCAAGAAGGAUGGAAAGGAGCUGACUCUCACCAUGAAGAACUGUCAGCCUGAUGAUGUAGCAGAAUAUUCCUUGGAAGUGGAAGGACGCACAUAUACUGCCAAGCUAACACUAGGAGAGCGGGAAGCUGAGAUCCUGAAGCCCCUGGCCAGCGUUGAGGUGGUUGAGAAGGAAGAUGCUAAGUUUGAGACAGAGAUCUCUGAGGAUGAUGUUCCAGGGGAAUGGAAGCUCAGAGGAGAGGUUUUGACCAGAUCCCCGACGUGCGACAUCCAAAUGGAAGGUGGGGUGCGUAAGCUCACACUGAAAAAUUGCCAGUUGGAUCAGGCCGGAGAAGUGUCCUACCAGGCUCUGAACGCCAUAACCACCGCAAUGCUCAAUGUCAAAGGUAUUCGCCUUGAAUUUAUUAAGCCGAUUAAAGAUGUGACCGUGAAGGAACGUGAAACCGCAGAGUUCAGCAUUGAACUCUCUCAUGAAAAGAUCCCGGUGGUCUGGUACAAAAACGACAUCCGUCUGCACCCCAGCAAGGUGGUGCACAUGUCAGAGGUCGGAAAAGUCCACACAUUGGCCUUCAAGGAGGUCACCAUCGAUGACACCUCCAUGAUCAAAGUCGAGGCCAUGGGCAAGACCUCAGAGGCCAUGCUCACAGUGCUCGAGGGUGACCUGUACUUCACAGUGAAACUCCAGAACUACACUGCCGUCGAGAAGGACGAGGUCAUUUUGGCCUGCGAGCUGAGCAAAGCCAAAGACGAAGUCAAAUGGUUCAAAGACGGUAACGAAAUCUUUCCCUCCAAGAACAUUCUCCUCCAAUCAGACGGCAAAAAGCGCAUGCUGGUCAUCAAGAAGGCGGCAAAGAGCAACAUUGGAGCGUACACCUGCGACUGUGGCACCGACAAAACCACAGCUGACCUGAACAUCGAAGAGCGUGACAUCAAGGUUCUUCGACCGCUGUACAGCGUGGAGGUCACAGAGACUGAGACAGCCAAGUUUGAGACAGAGAUUUCAGAGGAUGAACUUCAUGCCAUCUGGAAACUGAAGGGAGAGACACUCCACCCAUCUCCCGAUGUGGAGAUCAAGGAGGAGGGACCCCGACACAUUUUGAUCCUCUUCAACUGCAAAAAGGACAUGGCCGGAAGCAUCGACUUCUCGGCAGCGAAUGCCAAAUCCACAGCUCAGCUCAGGGUCAAAGCCCGGGUGAUCGGCCUAAAGAGGCCUCUGAAGGAUGUCACCGUGACUGCUGGGGAGACCGCUACCUUCGAGUGCGAGCUGUCGUACGAAGGCAUCGCUGUCGAGUGGUUCCUGGGGGGUACAAAGCUGGAACCAAGCGACAGAGUGGUGUUGAAGACGGAGGGUAAAGUCCACAGCCUGACUCUGCGGGACGUACAGCUGAAUGAAGCUGGACAAAUCAAACUCACCACCAAGGACUUCCAGACUGAGGCCAACCUUAUCGUCAAAGAGCCUCCGGUUGAGUUCUCGAAACCUCUUGAGGACCAGACAGUGGAAGAGGAAGCCACCGCCACACUCGAGUGUGAAGUUUCCAGAGAGAACGCAGAGGUACGAUGGUUCAGGGACGGACAGGACAUCCGCAAGACCAAGAAGUAUGAGAUGAUCAUCGACGGCCGCAAGAGAGCGCUGGUCAUCCACGACUGCACUCUGGACGACUCAAAGACGUACACUUGUGACGCUAAAGACUUCAAAACCUCCUGCUUCCUCAACGUUGAACCUCCUCAUAUCGAGUUCUCAAAGCCACUCCAUGAUGUCGAGGUCAAAGAGAAGGAAUCUGCCAGGUUCGAAUGUGAAGUCUCCAGAAUGGAUGUCAAAGUCCGCUGGUUCAAGGAUGGAAGUGAAAUCAGAAAGGGGAAGAAGUACGAAAUUAUCGCUCAAGGUCGCCAACACAUCCUCAUCAUCCACAAGUCUGUGUUUGACGAUGAGGCUGAAUACGAAUGUGACGCCAAGUCCUCCAAAUCCUCUGGCAUGCUCACUGUUGUCGAGGAGGAAGCGAGGUUCACCAAGAACCUGGCCAACGUGGAGGGAACAGAGACGGACAGCGUGAAGCUGAUCUGCGAGGUGUCCAAACCAAGUGCCGAUGUUAUUUGGUUCAAAGGAGACGAGGAGCUGCCGGAGGGCGGCCGCUACGAGCAGAUCGUGGACGGGAAGAGGAGGAUCCUCCUCAUCCAGGACCUGAAGAUUGCCGACGCCGGAGAGUACCACUGCAGGCUGAGUCCCAGCAUCAAAACCUCUGGAAAUCUCAAGAUUAAUGAACUGGCUGCUGAGUUCAUCUCCCGGCCUCACAACCAGGAGGUGGUGGAGGGCGAGAAGGCUGAGUUCACCUGCUCAGUCUCCAAGGACACCUACGAGGUCAAAUGGCUGAAAGAGGAUAAGGAGCUAGAGGCAGGAGACAAAUACCAGAUGGUCAGCGAUGGCAAGAGACGGACUCUGGUCAUCAAGAACAGUGAGCUCAAAGACGAGGGUGGAUACGUGGUGAUGAUCGGAGCGACCAGGGCCAGCGCCGACCUCACUGUGCUUGAGAAACUGAAGAUCAUCACGCCACUGAAAGACACAGAGGUCAAAGAAGGACAGGAAGUGGUCCUGAACUGCGAGGUGAACACAGAGGGAGCCAAGGCCAAGUGGCUGAAGAACGAGGAGACGGUGUUUGAGAGCAGCAAGUAUGUUAUGGUGCAGAGAGACAACGUCUUUUCCCUGAGGAUCAAAGACGCCCAGAAGGCCGACGAAGCUGACUUCAGCAUCAACCUUAUCAAUCAGAGAGGAGAGCAGGCUAAGAGUUCCUGCAAGCUGUCCGUCAAAGAGGAGAGUCUGAGGAUCGUGGUUCCUCUGGAGGACAUCGACACCCAGGAGAAGACGACUGUGAGCUUCUCCUGCAAGGUCAAUCGGCCCAAGGCCACUCUGAAAUGGAUGAAGGGCGGCCAGGAGAUCACCUUCAACAAACGCGUUGUUUACCGGGUGGACAAAGACAAGCACACGCUCACCAUCAAAGACUGCACGCUGGCCGACGAGGGCGAGUACACCGCCGUGGCCGGAGAGAACAAGUCCACUGCAGAGCUGAUCAUCAGUGAGGCCCCGACUGACUUCUCCGUGCAGAUGAAGGACCAGACAAUCACUGAGUUCGAGGACGCAGAGUUCACCUGCAAGUUGACCAAAGAGAAAGCCGAUGUCAAGUGGUACAGGAACGGACGCGAGAUCAGAGAAGGACCGAGAUACACAUUUACAAAAGAUGGAAAGAUGUGCACUCUGCGUAUCAAAGAGUGCAGACCCGACGAUGAGUGUGAAUACGCCUGCGGUGUGGACGAUAAGAGAUCCAGAGCCAGGCUCUUUGUUGAAGAGACCCCAGUAGAGAUUGUCAGACCGCCACAGGACGCGUUCGAACCUCCGGGCUCGGACGUUGUGUUCGAGGUGGAGCUGAACAAGGACAGAGUGGAGGUGAAGUGGUUGAGGAACAAUAUGACGGUUGUCCAGGGAGACAAAUACCAGAUGAUGAGCGAGGGUAAAGUCCACAGACUUCAGGUCUGUGAGAUCAGACCUCGGGAUCAGGGAGACUACAGAAUUAUCGCCAAAGACAAAGACGCCAAGGCCAAGCUGGAGCUGGCAGCUGUGCCUAAGAUUAAGACCACGGACCAGAACUACGUCACAGAUGCCAGGAAGCCCAUCGCCAUGGCCGUCCCCUACAGCGCCUAUCCACAGGCUGAGGCCGACUGGCUGUACAACAACCUGAGUCUGCCCAAAGACAACAUCUACACAUCUGCCGACCGCACAGAGUACCGGCUGAAGGACCCCAUGAAGUCCGAUGAGGGCCGCUACAAGAUCAUGAUCAAGAACAAACAUGGACAGGGAGAAGCCUUCAUCAACCUGCAAGUCAUCGAUGUCCCGGGACCCGUGAAGAACCUGCAGGUGGUCGACACCGCCGAUGGCGAGGUCAGCCUGGCAUGGGAGGAGCCCGAGAGUGAUGGCGGCAGCAAGGUCAUUGGCUACGUGGUGGAGAGACGCGACGUGAAGCGUAAGACCUGGACCCUGGCCACAGACCACGCAGAGAUCCCCGAGUACACAGUGACCGGCCUCCACAAGGACUCCAUGUACCUGUUCAGAGUCUGCGCCCGAAACCGGGUCGGCAGCGGACCCAACUUAGAGACCGACAAACCUGUACAGGCCAAGAACAAGUUUGAUGUUCCCGAAGCUCCUCUGAACGUGAUCGUUGGAAAUGUCACCAAGUUCGGCUGCACCGUCUCCUGGGAGCCUCCCGUGUCGGACGGAGGUUCUCCUAUUACCUCUUACACCAUCGAACUGCGCGACAGGACGUCGGUGAAGUGGUCGCCCGUCCAGCUGACCAAAGCCGAUGAGCUCAGCGCCAUUAUUAACGACGUCAUCGAGAACAAAGAAUACAUCUUCAGAGUCAAAGCUGAGAACAAAGCCGGCGUUGGCAAGCCAAGCGCUGCCUCACAGCCCGUCAAGAUCAUGGAUCCCAUCGAGCCUCCCAGCCCCCCUCUGAACCUGGUCUGGGAGGACCAGAACAAGAACUCAGUGCAGCUCACCUGGGAGACUCCUCUAAGGAACGGAGGCAGCAUGAUUACUGGAUACAUCAUCGAACGCUGCGAGGACGGCACCAACAAGUGGCUCCGCUGCAAUGCCCGCCUCUGCCCCGACCUCUUCUACAAGGUGUCUGGUCUGAAAUACGGAACCAAGUACAACUACAGAGUGUUUGCUGAAAAUGCCGCCGGACUCUCAGACCCAUCAAACACCAUUGGACCUCUGCUGGCUGAUGACCCACAUGUCGGUCCGACCUUCGACCUGAGCGGUUUCAAAGACGGCCUAGAGGUGAUUGUGCCCCAGCCUCUCACCAUCAGAGUCCCCAUCACCGGAUACCCAACCCCCAUGGCCAACUGGACCUUCGGAGAAAAGGAGCUGACCAUCGAUGACGAACGCAUCACCAUGACAACCAAGUCCACAUUCACAGAACUGAUUGUCACACCAAGCGUCCGCCCAGACAAAGGCACCUACACCCUGCACCUGAAGAACGACGUCACGUCUGUCUCCGGAGAAAUCGAAGUCAAUGUCAUCGCGGCGCCCAGCGCUCCGAAGGACUUUAAGGUUUUGGAGGUGACCCGGCAGCACGUCCACCUGAGCUGGGAGGCUCCAGAGCACGACGGAGGAAGCCCUCUGACCGGCUACCAGGUGGAGAAACGGGACAUGUCCCGCAAGACCUGGGUCAAGGUGGUCACAGGAAUCCAGGAUCUGGAGUUCACCGUUACCGACGUGGUUGAAGGGAAGGAGUAUCUAUUCAGAGUCACCGCCUGCAACAAGUGUGGACCAGGAGAGCCGGCGUACAUCGACGAGCCUGUCAACGUCUCCUCUCCUGCCACCAUCCCCGACCCUCCCGAGAACCUGAGGUGGAGAGACAAGUCGGCCAGUGGCAUCUUCCUGACCUGGGAGCCGCCAAAGUACGAUGGUGGCACGGGUAUCCGAGGCUACAACGUGGACCGCUGUCAGAGAGGAACUGAUAAGUGGGAGCCCUGCGGAGACAUGGUACCUGAGCUGAAAUGCCAGGUGACGGGUCUGAUUGAGGGCCAGUGGUACUCGUACAGAGUCCGUGCCCUGAACCGACUCGGAGCCAGCCAGCCCUGCAAGGCCACCGACGAGAUCCAGGCCGUUGAUCCCAAAGAGCCUCCAGAGAUCCAGCUGGACGCCAAGCUACUGGCUGGUCUGACUGCCAAAGCUGGCAGCAAGAUUGAACUCCCCGCCGAGGUGACAGGUAAGCCCGAACCCCGCGUGAAAUGGACCAAGGCCGACCUGGUCCUCAAACCAGACGACAGGGUGUCCAUUGACACCAAGCCAGGACACUCCACCGUCACCAUCGCCAAGACCAAGAGAGACGACAGCUGUACCUAUAUCAUUGAGGCCACCAACAGCAGUGGCCGUGCCACUGCCACUGUCGAUGUCAACAUCCUCGAUAAGCCCGGUCCUCCGGCUGCCUUCGACAUCUCCGAGAUCACCAACGAGACCUGCUUCAUGGCCUGGAACCCUCCACGUGACGAUGGCGGCUCCAGAGUCACCAACUACAUUGUGGAACGCCGAGCUGCCGACAGCGAGAUCUGGCACAGACUGUCCUCCACCAUUAAACAGACCACGUACAAACCCGUGGGCCUGGUCAAGUUCAAGGAAUACAUCUUCAGGGUCUUCGCUGAGAACCAGUUUGGUGUUGGCCCACCAGCUGAACACCCAUCCAUCAUUGCCAAAUACCCCUUCGACACUCCUGGAGCUCCUUACAAGCUGGAGGCUUCAGACAUCGCCAAGGACUCCCUGAGUCUGGCCUGGUACGAGCCCGAUGAGGACGGAGGAAGCCCCAUCACAGGAUACUGGGUGGAGAGAUACGAACCCGACCACGACAAGUGGAUCAGAUGCAACAAGCUGCCCAUCAAAGACACAAACUACAGAGUCAAAGGACUUCCCACCAGGAAGAAGUACAAGUUCAGAGUCCUGGCUGAGAAUCUGGCUGGAACUGGAAAACCCAGCAAAGAGACAGACCAGAUCCUUGUCAAAGAUCCCAUCGAUCCUCCAUGGCCUCCCGGUAAACCAACGGUGAAGGACGUGGCCAAGACUUCCUGCUUCCUGAUGUGGACCAAACCAGAGCACGACGGCGGAGCGAAGAUCGACGGCUACAUUAUUGAGAUGCUGAAGAGUGGUACCACAGACUGGAUCCGAGUGGCGGAGGACAUCAACAUCUUGGAGCACUUCCUGAAGGGCCUGAUGGAGAAGCAAGAGUACUCAUUCAGGGUGCGAGCUGUGAACAUGGCCGGAGAGAGCGAACCAAGCGAGCCCAGUGACCCAGUGCUCUGCAAAGAGAGACUCAACCCUCCUUCGGCUCCUCGUUGGCUGGACGUGGUCAGCAUCAGCAGGAACAGCGCCGAGUUAAAGUGGACGGUUCCCGAGCGCGACGGAGGCUCCAAAAUCACCAACUACGUGGUGGAAAAGCGUGACGUCAGGCGUAAAGGCUGGCAGGUCGUCGACACCACAGUGAAGGAGCUGAAGUACACUGUGACGCCGCUCAACGAAGGAUCGCUCUACGUGUUCCGUGUCGCCGCAGAGAACGCCGUGGGUGUUGGACCGUUCUGCGAGCUCACAGACUCUGUGCUGGCCAAAGACACUUUCACCACUCCUGGGCCACCGUACGCCCUUGCCGUUGAUGCUGUGAGCAAAAGAUACGUGGACCUGCAGUGGGAGGCUCCUAAAAACGACGGUGGCAGACCCAUCCUCAGGUAUUCCUUGGAGAAGAAGGAGAAGCUUGGAACCCGCUGGGUGAAAUGCGGGAAGACUUCAGGUCCAGACUGUAAGUACAGAGUGACAGACGUCAUAGAGGGAACAGAGGUUCAGUUCCAGGUCAGGGCCGAGAACGAGGCUGGUGUUGGCCACCCAAGUGAGCCCACCGAGAUCCUCACCAUCGAAGAUCCAACAGGCACCCCAUCACCGCCCGUCGAGCUGCACGUGACCGGAGCCAGCCGUGACUUCCUGUCCAUUGCCUGGAAGCCUCCACUGAGAGAUGGCGGCUGCCCCAUCAGCGGCUACCACAUUGAGAUGUGUGAGGCCGGGACAGAGAAGUGGAUGAGGGUCAACUCUCGGCCAGUGAAGGAGCUGAAGUACCGCGUGGAGGAGGGCGUGGUCCCCGAGAAGGAGUACAUCCUCAGAGUGAGGGCCAUCAACGCCAUCGGAGUCAGCGAGCCCUCUGACAUCUCCGAGAACGUUUUCGCCAAAGAAUCCGACUGUAACCCGACACUGGAAUUCCAGACUCUGGAUCUUGUUGUUGUGGAAACAGAGAAGCUGCACAUCCCAGUUCCUUUCAGAGCCAUCCCCUCACCCAGAAUCACCUGGCACAAAGACGGCAGAGAGCUGAAGGCCGACGAACGCCUCAGCUUCAGGAAGGAGUAUGUUUCCUGUCACCUGGAGGUUGAAAGCAGCCUUCACGCCGAUGCCGGACAGUACAAAGUGACUCUGGAGAACAAACUAGGAGCUGCCAGCGCCACCAUCAACGUCAAAGUCAUCGGUCUUCCUGGUCCCUGUAAGGAAAUCCUGGCCUCUGACAUCACAAAGAGCUCCUGCAAAGUUACUUGGGAUCCUCCAGACUACGAUGGCGGCAGCCCGAUUCUUCACUACGUCCUGCAGCGGCGUGAGGCCGGGAGGAGGACGUAUGUCAACAUGAUGUCCGGAGAGAACAAGGUGAGCUGGAACGUGAAAGACCUCAUCCCCAAUGGAGAGUACUACUUCAGAGUCCAGGCUGUCAACAAGAUCGGAGGAGGAGAGUUUGCUGAGCUCCGCAACCCCGUCAUUGCUGAGGACCAGAAACAUGCUCCUGACCCACCGGUGGACGUGGAGACCCAUAACCCCACAUCAAGCACCAUCACUCUGACUUGGAAGCCACCCAUGUACGACGGUGGCGCCAAGAUCAUGGGCUACGCCCUGGAGAAGCAGCAGAAGGGAGAGGACAAGUGGGAGAGGUGCAACGACUUCCUGGUGCCUGUUCUGUCCUACACCGUCAGAAGGCUGACGGAGGGCAAGAACUACUCCUUCAGAGUCAAAGCCGAAAACGCCGCCGGGGUUAGCGAGCCGUCACGCAACACGCUAUUCGUCAAAGCGUCAGACAGCAUCGAUCCUCCGAAGGUUUUCCUGAGUGGCAGCCUGCAGUCCGGUCUCAGCGUAAAGCGAGGCUGUGAGAUCUGCCUGAACGCCAACAUUUCUGGCGCCCCUUACCCUCAGAUCACCUGGUACUGGAACAACCAGGUGAUCCGGCCUGAGCCGCUCCGCAAGAGGCCCGAAAAACCCCUGAAGAAGAAGGUAGAGAAGAAGGAAGAGAAGAAAGAAGAGGAGAAGAAGGAGGAGGGAGAGGCCGAGAAGAAAGAAGAGCAGGCUGGAGAGGUGAAGGAAGGAGAAGAGAAGAAGGAAGGAGAGGAGAAGAAAGAGGAGAAGAAGGAAGAGGAGAAGAAGGAGGAGGAGAAGAAGGAAGAGGAGGCAGCAGCGCCUGAGGUGGAGGAGACCGACUACCCGACGAUAAACGAACGUCUGACCAUCAACAACAGCCACAGGGGCGAGUCCUCUGUGGUCAUCAAGGACUCGAUCCGCGCCGACCACGGUGUCUACAUGGUGAAGGUGGAGAACGACCACGGCAUCGCCUCGGCAACCUGCGAGGUCAACGUGCUCGAUACUCCUGGGCCUCCUGUGAACUUCAAAUUUGAGGAAGUGAGGAAGAACUCUGUUAUCUGCAAGUGGGAUCCUCCUCUGGACGAUGGCGGCAGUGAGAUCCUCAACUACACUCUGGAGAAGAAGGACAACUCAAAGCUGGAGAUCGGCUGGAGCUGCGUCACCUCCACACUGAGAGGUUGCCGCUACCUGGUGCCCAAACUCAUCGAGAAAAAGGAGUACAUCUUCAGGGUUGUGGCUGAGAACAAGUUUGGUGCUGGUCCAUACUGCAUCUCCAAACCACUCAUCGCCAAGAAUCCUUUCGAACCUCCUGAGGCUCCUGACAAGCCGGAGAUUGAUGACAUUACAGCCCACAGCAUGCUGGUCACAUGGAACGAGCCAAACGACAACGGCAGCCCCAUCUUGGGAUACUGGGUGGAGCGCCGUGAGAUCAACAGUUCGCACUGGGCACGUGUCAACAGGAACAUCGUCAAUGACACUGAGCUGAAUGUUGAAGGUCUACUGGAGGGUCUGACUUACAUCUUCAGGGUGGCGGCUGAAAACCAAGCCGGACCUGGAAAGUUCAGUCCCCCCUCCGAACCCAAGACAGCCCAGGCUCCGAUCCUACCUCCUGGACCUCCAGUUGCCCGAGUGGUGACAACCACCGACCACUCCAUUGACGUGGAAUGGGACCCACCUGUUGACAACGGUGGAGGAGACAUCCUGGGAUACCACGUGGAUAAGGCCGUGGCUGGGAGCAAGGACUGGUCCAGGUCUACAGAACGUCCCUGGAAGAACCGCGCCUUCACUGUCUAUGGAGUUCGUGAGGGAGCCAAGUAUCUGGUCAGAGUCAUUGCCUGCAAUGCUGCUGGAGAGGGAACACCAGGAUUCACAGAGUCUGUGUUCGUCAGGAAUCCUGCAGAGGUGCCUCUGAUUGAACUGGAACUGUCCAUCAAGAAUGGUGUGAUAAUCAGAGCUGGAGAGAUACUCCGUGUACCUGCUACAGUCACAGGUAAACCAUACCCGUCCAUCACCUGGACCAAAGACGAUGCCAAACCUGACAAAGACCGUGUGGAGAUCCUCACUGAGGGCAACGACAGCGUUGUUUCAAUCAAGAAAGCUCAGAGGAAGGACAGUGGCAAAUACCACAUCUCUGCUUGCAACCCCAGUGGCAUUAAGGGUGCUUCCAUCAGAGUGGAGGUCAUGGAUGUCCCCGGACCCAUCACAGACCUGAAGCCUGUUGUUGUCACUCGCAAGAUGAUCUUCUUGAACUGGGAUGACCCAGAGGAUGACGGAGGUAGCGACCUGACCGGCUUCAUUGUGGAGCGAAGAGAUGCCAAGAUGCACACAUGGAGGCAGCCUGUUGAAACUGCCUCAUCCAAGUGUGAAUGCGUGGGCAUAAUGGAGGGACAGGAGUACUUCUUCCGGGUCAUCGCCAAGAACAAGUAUGGCAUGGGCCCGCCCGUUGAGCUGGGACCCAUUAAGGCUGUGGACCCACAGGGCCCACCAUCAUACCCCGAGAAGUUCCACUACACUGAACGCACCAAGAACUCCAUCACAUUUUCUUGGAAGCCACCACGUAAUGAUGGUGGCAGCCCUGUCAUCGGCUACUUUAUUGAGAAGAAGAGGCAGGACCAGCAGGCCUUCGAGCCCUGCAACACAGUGAUUUGCCCCAACAUGACCAUGACCGUGGAGGGUCUGGAGGAGGACUGGAUGUAUGAGUUCAGGAUCAAAUGCGCCAACCUAAUCGGAGAGAGCGAGCCAUCCAUCCCGUUAACUGUGGUCAUCCAAGACGAUGAAGUGUCUCCUGAGGUCCACAUGCUGAAGCACUUCAAGGGCGACUCCAUUACCGUGAAGAAGGGUGAGCCCAUUGAGAUCCCUGCUGAUGUCCUCGGCCUGCCCAUCCCCAAGGUCGAGUGGACCAAGGAUGACGUACUGAUUGACACGCCCACCGAGGCUCUGCUGAUAGAGACAGUAGAUACUGGCAGGAUGAACUGCAAGACCACACUGUCCAUCCCAACAGCCAACAGAAGGGACCGUGGCAGCUAUACUGUGUCUGCCUCCAACAACAUGGGCUCAGCCAAGCACACCAUCUUUGUCAUGGUUCUAGACCGGCCACUUCCACCCAGGAAUAUCACAGUGUCUAACAUUAGGGCAGAAUCUUGCUACCUCCAGUGGGACGCACCACUGGAUAAUGGUGGCAGCGAACUAACCAACUACAUUGUUGAGAGGAAGGACGUGGUAACAGAGGAGCCAGAGCUGGAAGAGGGACAGGAAGCUCCUCCGGAACCACAGUGGGUGGAGGUUACCAACAGCAUAAUUGAGAAGAAAUACGGGGUAUGGAACCUAGAGACCAACAAGACCUACCUGUUCCGGGUCAGAGCCGAGAAUCGCUACGGCAAAUCUGACCCCUGCUCAACAGAAGAAGUCCAGAUCACAGAUCCAUUUGGCCUUCCCGGGCCACCGGAGAAACCAACCGUUGCAGAAUACUCCAAGACCUCCAUGACCCUAAACUGGGAGCCACCCAGGGACAACGGCGGCUCUAUGAUUAUUGGUUACUGGCUGGAGAAGAGGGAGAAAGGCACCGACUACUGGGCCAGAGUCAACAAGAUGCCGGUUACCAAGAGGGGCAUGAAAGGCUGGGAAUACCAGGUGACUCGUCUGUUUGAAGGAACAGAGUAUGAGUUCAGGGUUGCUGCCUGCAACUCUGCAGGAACUGGACCAUUCAGUGGACCUUCCGACUCUGCCUUCGCUGUCGAUCCAAUCACUCCUCCAAGCAUGCCCGCUGCUCCUGAGGUGGUCGAUAAGACAAAGUACAGUGUCACCCUGUCCUGGAAGCCACCAGAGAGGGACGGAGGAAGCCCCAUCAAGGGUUACAUCAUCCAGAUCCAGGGUGAGGGCACAUCAGAGUGGAUGAGUGUGAACGACCCAGAAUCACCGCACCCCACCACUGAGUUCACUGUGCCCAACCUCCGUGCGCUGAAACGCCACCGCUUCAGGAUCAUCGCUGUCAACGAUAUCGGCGAGUCCGACCCCAGCCCCCGCACUAGCGAGGUUCUGAUUGAAGACGUCCAGCUUGCACCUUCCAUCAAUAUUGACGUAGUCGUAGAUGAUCUGCUGUGCAUCCGUGCUGGAGAUCCAAUCAGGAUCCCCGCCACCAUCAAGGGCCGCCCUGCUCCCAAAGUAACCUGGGACUUUACUGGCAAAGCCAAGUCCCACAAGAAGAACAAACUGCACACACUGCCUGUGGAUUCCGAGAUUGAGUCCACUGACACCACGUCCAUUGUGACAGUCCCUGUUAGUCUGAGGAGCCAUUCUGGACGUUACACCAUCACUGCCAAGAACAAGUCCGGACAGAAACACGUCAAUGUCAGAGUCAUCGUCCUUGACGUCCCUGGAGCUCCAAAGGAGCUGAGGGUUACUGACAUCACCCGUGCGACAAUGAGGCUUAUCUGGAAACUCCCUGACACUGACGGAGGAGAGAGAAUCAAGAGCUACUUUAUUGAGAAGAAAUGUAUCACUGACAAGGCCUGGACAAAGGUGAAUGCAGCCUGUGCCAGCCAAGCCUACGUGGUUCCAGGCCUGCUAGAAGGUCAGGACUACCUGUUCAGGGUCCGAGCUGAGAACAGACUUGGAUUCGGCCCAUUCACUGUCACCACUGAACCUGUCCGGGCCAGAGACCCCAUCUACCCACCCGACCCCCCCACCAAGGUGAAGGUCAACCUGGUGACAAAGAACACCGUUACAUUGACCUGGGAGGCUCCCAAAAACAAUGGUGGCUCUCCAGUGAAGCAUUACAUCAUUGAGCGUUUGAGCUGGGACACCAGUGGCAAGGAGAAGGAGACCUGGAAGCAGUGCAACAAGAGAGAAGUGGAGGAACUCACCUUUGUGGUUGAGGACCUGAAGGAGGGAGCAGAAUAUGAGUUCAGAGUAAAAGCUGUGAACGCUGCUGGACCCAGCCGACCCUCUGCCACCGCUGGACCCCUGGUCAUCAAGGAUCAGACAUGUGCUCCCACCAUUGAGCUGCGUGAGGCCAUGGAGGGUGAGGAGGGCUGUGAUGUCAGCAUUGUGGCGAAGGUGAGCGGCUGUCCGUUCCCCACACUCACCUGGCAGAAAGCCAGCCUGGCCAAACCUGAGGAGAAGGCUGCUGUCAAGUACGACCAGCACAUCAACAAACUGGUGACCCAGGACAAGUGCACGCUGCUAAUCCAGCAGGCCAGCAGGAACGACAGCGCCCUCUUCAGCCUGACGGCAAGCAACAGCCUGGGCACCGUCACCAAGGACAUCAAGCUCUCCGUGCUUGGACCUCCCGGCCCUCCUGUCGCACCCCUCAAGUUCACUGAGGUGUUUGCGGAGAGGAUUGGCCUGGCCUGGAACCCUCCCGCAGACGAUGGUGGAUCCAAGAUCACCAACUACGUGGUUGAGAAGCGCGAGGAAAACAGGAAGUCCUGGGUCCAUGUCUCCAAUGACCCCAAGGAAUGCGCCUACGUGGUGACACGCCUCACUGAGAACCACGAGUACGAGUUCAGAGUCAUGGCCCAGAACAAGUUCGGAGUUGGGCCUCCGCUGGUCAGCGAGCCGGAGAAAGCCAGAAACCUCUUCACCGUCCCGGGUCAAUGUGAGAAACCAACCGUGACUGACGUCUGUCUGGAGUCGAUGACCGUCAACUGGGAUGAGCCCAAGUACGAUGGCGGCUCCUCCAUCACCGGCUACAUCAUCGAGAAGAAGGAGACCACCUCCAAGCGCUGGGCCCGCGUCAACCGCGACCCGAUCCGAGCGCUGCCACUGGGCAACAACUGGGACGUCACCGGCCUGUUGGAAGGCGCCAUGUACCAGUUCAGAGUCAUUGCUGUCAACGCUGCUGGCUGUGGUCUGCCCAGCCUGCCCUCCGACCCUGUACUCUGCAGAGACCCCAUCAAGCCUCCUGGACCACCCAUCCCGAAGGUGACGGACUGGACGAAGUCGACGGUGGAGCUGGAGUGGAUCCCUCCUGUGUUGGACGGAGGGUCAAAGGUCACAGGCUACAUUGUGGAGUACAAGGAGGUGAACAAGGAGGAGGAGGAGAAGAAAGCUCAAAGGAGGCUGCUGCUGAGUGACGCUGAUGAGGAGAAGGAGCCCGAGGCCGAGGAGACAUGGGAGAAGGGGAAGGACACAGAGAUCAGAGGAACCAAGUUCGUGGUGGCCGGUCUGAAGGAAGGCGGUCUGUACCGCUUCAGAGUCCUAGCUGUGAACGCCGCUGGAGUCGGAGAACCAGGAUUCGUGGCUGAGCUGAUCGAGGUCAAAGACAGAACAAUUCCUCCUGAGAUGGACCUGGAUGCCUCAGUGAAGGAGAAGAUCGUGGUCCACGCCGGUGGCACCAUACGCAUCAUCGCCUACGUGUCCGGCAAACCCGCGCCACAGAUCACCUGGUGCCGUGACGACGCCGAGGUGCCCAAAGAGGCCGUGGUAGAGAAAACAGGCAUAUCCAAUUCACUGAUCAUCAAGAACUGCAGGCGCCAACACCAGGGCAUCUACACCCUGAGCGCCAAGAACGAAGGAGGAGAGAGGAAAAAGGCCGUCAUUGUCGAGGUCCUGGACGUCCCCGGACCAGUCGGCCUUCCCUUUGCUGGCGAGAAUCUGACCAACGACUCCUGCAAACUGACCUGGUACUCCCCUGAGGAUGACGGUGGCUCUGCCAUCACCAACUACAUCAUCGAGAAGAGGGAGUCGGACCGCAUGGGCUGGACGUCGGUGUCAUACACUGUCACAAGGAACAACGCUGUGGUGCAGGGACUCAUUGACGGCAAGGGCUACUUCUUCAGGAUCGCAGCCGAGAACAUCAUCGGAAUGGGACCUUUCAUCGAGACCGACAAAAUGGUUCUCAUCAAGGACCCUAUCUCUGUCCCGGAGCGUCCAGAGGACUUGAUUAUUACCGCUGUUACCAAGGACUCCAUCUCUGUCACCUGGAGACCGCCCAAGUACGACGGCGGUGCUGAGGUGACCGAGUACGUCCUCGAGUCCCGCAUGAUCGGCCGGGACACCUUUGUACGAAUAGGUGCAGAGGACAAGCUGAUGGACAAGAAGUUCACACUGACAGGGCUGAAAGAUGGCUCGAGCCACGAGUUCAGAGUCUCUGCCAUCAACCAGGUGGGGCAGGGCAAAACGUCCUUUGCCACCAAACCUGUCCAGUGCAAGGACGAGCUUGAACCACCUACUCUGGACCUGGACUUCAGGGACAAGAUGAUGGUGAAGGUAGGAGACAGCUGCACACUGUCGGGACGCUACACUGGAAAACCCACCCCGGCUAUCACCUGGACGAAGAAUGAUGAGGAGCUGAAGGCGGAUGAGGAGAUCGGCCUCCACAGCACCGGCCACCACCUCAGCCUCAACAUCAGCAAGGCCAAGAGAGAGCACAGUGGCCGCUACUGCGUCAGCGUGGAAAACGCCGCCGGACCUCGCACAGGAAUCUGCACCAUCACCGUGGUUGACCGUCCUCAGCCUCCGGAGGGCCCCGUGGUCUUCAACGAGGUCUACAGGAACUACAUGGUGAUCUCCUGGAACCCUCCUCUGGAUGACGGAGGCUGCGCUGUCUCCAACUACAUCAUCGAGAAGAGAGACACCAACAGAGACCUGUGGAUGCCUGUCACCUCGUCCUGCACCAGGACCUCCUGCAAGGUGCCGAAGCUGAUCGAGGGUCGUGAAUACAUCAUCAGGAUCAUGGCUCAGAACAUCUACGGCAUUAGCGACCCCUUGCUGUCUGCAGAGACCAAGGCUAGAGACGUCUUCAAGGUGCCCGACGCUCCUAAACAGCCCACAGUGAAGGAAGUUUACCACGACUCCGCCCUCAUCAGCUGGGAGCCUCCUGCCGACGGAGGAAAACCAAUCACAGGCUACAUCGUGGAGAGGAAGGAGACCAUGGCCAACAGGUGGGUUCGCUGCAACACAGAGAGAAUCUUUCCGAAGGUGGAGUACUGGGUAACGGAGCUGCUGCAAGGUUGUGAGUACGAGUUCAGAGUCAGCGCUGAGAACGUGGUGGGAGCCGGAGACCCGAGCCCGCCAUCCAAGCCCGUCUUCGCCAAAGAUCCCAUUGUGAAACCCGGUCCACCAGUGAAGUUCCAGACCAUCGACUUUACCAAGGAAUCUGUGACUCUGUCCUGGCAGCCUCCCACUGACACCGGCAGAGGAAAGAUCUUAGGAUAUCUACUGGAGUUCCAGAAGGCUGGAGAGGAGGAGUGGAGCAAGGUGAACCAGACUCCUGACUCCUGCCAGGAGACCAAAUUUAAAGUGAUCAACCUGGAUGAUGGUUCUCUGUACCGCUUCAGAGUCAUGGCUGUCAACGCUGCUGGAGAGUCCGACCCGGCUAGCCUUAAGGAGCCAAUCAGAGUGAUGGACAGACUUGAGCCCCCAGAGCUGAUUCUGGACGCUGGAAUGACCCGGGAGGUGAAGGCCAUGGCUGGCACUCACAUCACACUGAUGGCCACUAUCAAUGGCGUUCCAUUCCCCACCGUCACCUGGAAGAAGAAUGACGCCGAUGUGCCCACGAGGGCAGACAUUGAGACAAACCAGGCAGGCACCAAGCUGGAGAUGAGGUUCUGUAACCGUGGUGACUGUGGAGACUACACCCUCACUGUGGAGAACCCUGCUGGAUCCAAGACUGCCACCUGCACCGUUCUGGUCUUUGACAAACCUGGUCCCAUCCAGCACCUCCGGGUGUCUGACAUCAGGUGUGACUCUGCCUACCUGUCCUGGAAGGACCCAGAGGACAACGGUGGUGCCCGCAUCACAAACUUUGUGGUAGAGAAGAAAGACACUGCAGCCACUCAGUGGGUCCCUGUCUGCUCCACAUCCAAGAAACGCAGCAUGAUGCUGAAGCACCUGAUGGAGGGCACAUCCUACUCAUUUAGAGUUGCUGCUGAGAACCAGUACGGCCGCAGCGAAUACAUUGAGACGCCAAAGGCCAUCAAGGCAAUGAACCCACUCUUCCCUCCUGGUCCUCCCAAAGACCUGCACCACACCGACGUGGACAAGACUGAGGUGUGGUUGGUCUGGAACUGGCCAGAUCGCAAUGGAGGAAGUGAGAUCACAGGAUUCCUGGUGGAGUAUCAGGAAGAGGGAGAGAGGGAGUGGGACGAGUGGAAGACCGUCAGCAUCCCUGAGAGUCAUGUGACUGGCCUGGAAGAAGGAAAGACAUACCGCUUCAGAGUGAGGGCUGAGAAUGCCAUUGGCCUCAGCAGACCCGACACCACUGUGCCUAUCCUCUGCCAGGAAAAACUAGUGCCUCCAAUCGUCGAGGUGGACGUUAAGCUCAUUGAAGGCAUCAUCGUAAAGGCUGGCACCACCAUCAGGCUGCCAGCUAUCAUGAGAGGAAUCCCUGUUCCCACUGCCAAAUGGACCAUUGAAGGAGAAGAGAUCACCAGCGAGGGCAACAUCAAGAUCGACACUGACAACUUCUCCACUGUGCUCAGCAUUAAUGAGUGCACCAGGAAUCACUCUGGAACCUACCUGCUCACUGUGUCCAACCCAGCUGGAACCAAGACAGUUGCCUUGAACGUCACUGUGUUGGACGUUCCCGCUGCUCCCAUAGGACCUGCCAACAUCCUGGAGGUCACUCCAGAUUCCAUGAUGAUUGAAUGGCGUCCUCCCAAGGACGAUGGUGGUAGCCCUGUCACCAACUACAUUGUGGAGAAGAGAGAGUCAAAAAAGGAGACCUGGGGAGGUGUGAGCUCUGGGAGCCUUGCCACCCAGCUCAAUAUCACCCGCCUGCAGAAGGGAGUGGAAUAUGUGGUUCGCAUUCGUGCUGCGAAUAAGAUGGGCAUUGGUGCUCCACUGGAGAGCAAGCCCACCGUUGCUGAGCACUCUUUCAUGCCACCCAGCCAGCCUGGUAAGCCACAGACCUCUGAUAUUGCAGAGGAUGCUGUUACAGUUGGCUGGACCAUGCCCCUCUCUGAUGGUGGUAGCCAGAUAUCUGGCUACAUCGUUGAGCGCAGACACAAAGGAGGAAAAUGGAUCCGUGUCAACAAGACACCCUGCAAGGACCUGAGGUACAGAGUCUUGGGUCUGUUUGAGGGCAAUGAGUACGAGUUCAGAGUGUUUGCUGAGAAUAUUGCCGGUUACAGCGGCCCCUCUCCCAUCUCUGACCCCUGCAAGCCCUGCAGGCCCAUCACCAUCCCCGGCCCCCCUGUCAACCCCAAAGUUAAAGAUUACAGCAAGACCACCGCUGACCUUGUGUGGACCAAACCCAACAAAGAUGGAGGCAGCCCCAUCCUGGGCUACAACGUGGAAAUGAAGAAAGCCGAUAUUGAAGAAUGGAAAAAAGUUAACCUUGAUGACUUCAUCAAGCAGUGUGCCUACAGGGUGAAGGGUCUGGAGGAGGGCGUGACCUACAGAUUCAGAGUUUAUGCCACAAACAUAAUCGGAGAUGGAGAGGUCAGAGAAAUCCCAGAGUCCAUCACUGCUCAGGAUAUCCUCAUCCCUCCAGAGAUUGAGAUGGACGCCACCUGCCGUGAGCGCGUCACUGUGCGUGUAGGACACAACAUCAACAUCAUUGGCUACAUCAAAGCCCGUCCUGACCCUGAAGUGCUUUGGUCAAAGGAAGAGACGGUUCUGGAGAACAGCAAACGUGUCACCAUCAUUCAAAACUUCCCUGUGGUCCACCUGAAGAUCAAGGAGGCAACAAGAGCUGACCAUGGCAAAUACAUCCUAAAGGCUUCAAAUGAGGGUGGUGAGGCCUCCUGCACCAUUACAGUCAAUGUGCUAGACAGACCUAGCCACUGCCAGAAUCUACACGUGACCUAUGCCACCAAGGACUCAUGCAUGAUCAACUGGGAGGCCCCUAAGGACAAUGGUGGAUCAGAGAUCACCAACUACAUCGUGGAGUGCCGUGAACCCAGCAUUAGUAUGUGGUCCAUGAUCUCCUCCAGCUGCACCAAUCGUAAGAUCAAGGCUAAGCUGAUGGAGGGUCAUGAGUACCUGUUCCGUGUCUGUGCUGAGAACAAGAUGGGACCAGGACCGUCUGUGGAGACCAAGGUCCCUCUGCUGGCCAUCGACUGCAUCGAGAAACCAGGUGAGCCUGAGAACUUCAGAGCCACUGACAUUGGUAAGAACCACGUCUAUCUGAGAUGGAGGAAGCCUGACUACGAUGGUGGCAGCCCCAACAUCUCCUACAACUUGGAAUGCAAAGCCAAAGAUGCUGAGGAGUGGGAGAAACUUAACACUGCCACUCUCACUGACACCUUUUUCCUGGCUGACAAAUGCACGGAGAACCAGACAUACACCUUCAGGGUGCAGACUGUUAAUGAAGGCGGUGAGAGUGCUUGGGUGAAACUUGCUGAUAUUCUGGUGAAGGAGGAGAUCCAGAAGCCUGUAAUUGACCUGAAGUUGGCCGGAGUUUUGACAGUGAAGGUCGGAGAAUCUGUUAGGAUAGAGGCUGCACUGAGAGGAAAGCCCCAGCCUGAGGUUAAAUGGAUAAAAGAUAAAGCUGUCGGAGACAACCCCAGAUUGAGCUAUGAGACUGGCCCCGACUACUCCAAGUUCCUCAUGACCAAGUCCAGACGUACUGACACUGGAAAGUAUGUCAUCACUGCCACCAACCCAGCCGGGACCUUCACAGCAUAUGCCAACGUUAACGUCCUGGAUGUCCCUGGCCCGGUGAGGAACCUCAGGAUUACCGGCAUCGGAGCCGACAAGUGCAGAGUGAUUUGGGAUGCUCCUGAGGAUGAUGGUGGUUGCGAGGUGGACAGCUACAUCCUGGAGAAAUGCGAGACCAGGAGGAUGGUCUGGUCGACAUAUUCAGCCUCUGUGGUCACACCAUACUGCAACGUCACUCGUUUGGUGGAAAGCAACGAGUACAUCUUCAGAGUGAGGGCUGAGAACAAGAUGGGAACCGGCCCUGCUAUGGAGAGCAAACCUGUUACUGUCAAGACUCAGUUCAACAAACCUGGACCACCUGAGGCCCCUGAGGUCACUAAGGUGAGCAAAGAUGAGAUGACAGUUGUCUGGGCUCCUCCUGAGAAUGAUGGUGGAAAAUCGAUCACUGGCUACAUCCUGGAGAGGAAAGAGAAGAGGGCAGUGCGCUGGGUGCCCUGCACAAAGAGCCCCAUCUCCGAGAGACGCAUGAAAGUCAGCAACCUGAUUCCCAACCAUGAGUACCAGUUCAGGGUGAAGGCUGAGAAUGAGGUCGGCCUAGGAGAGCCUAGCAAACCCUGCAGACCUGUUGCAGCCAAAGAUCCCAUUGAGCCCCCUGGCCCCCCUGCAGGCUUGAAGGUGGGUGACAGCACCAAGACCUCUAUCACCCUGUCCUGGUCUAAACCCGUGUAUGAUGGCGGUGCCCCCAUUAUCGGCUACAGCCUGGACAUGAGACUGAAGAGCGAGGCAGACCCUGAGAAGCCCACAGAGGGCUGGAAGAGAAUUGACACCCAUGGUCCACUGGUGCUCACAGAGUUCACUAUCGGCCAGCUAGAUGAGAAGCAAGAGUAUGACUUUAAGGUGUCUGCCAAAAACCAGGUGGGCUGGGGACGUCAUGCCUACUUGAAGGAGGCCGUCUUCCCCAAGGAGGUCCUGGAGGCUCCAGAGAUUGAUCUGGACGCCAGUCUGAGGAAAGGCCUGGCUGUCAGGGCUGGCUGUCCAAUCAGGCUUUUCGCUGUGAUCAGAGGAAGGCCCUCCCCCAAAGUUACCUGGAAGCGCAUUGGCGUGGACAAUGUGAUCCGCCGAGGUCAUGUGGACCAAGUUGACACCAUGUCCUUCCUGGUCAUCCCUGAAAGCACCAGAGAGGAUUCUGGGAGAUACUCACUGACACUGUCGAACUCGGCUGGAGAGAAAGCCGUGUUUGUUCGUGUCAAAGUCCUUGAUACUCCUGGUCCUGUUGGCGGACUGGAGGCGACAGAUGUCACCAAGACAACAGCUCAGCUGUCCUGGUUGCCACCGGAGAAUGACGGUGGUAGCCCCAUCCUCAACUACAUUGUAGAGAAACGUGAGGUGGAUAGAAAGACCUGGACCAAGUGCAUAGAGGACCUGAAGAAGACUAGCUUCAAGGUGACCAACAUGACACCUGGCAUCGAGUACUACUUCAGAGUCAUGGCCUGCAACAAAUAUGGCAUUGGACUUCCUCAGGAUUCGCCCAAGUCCUACCUGGCUGUGGACCCCUGCAGUGAGCCAGACCCUCCAAAGAAGAUGGAAGUGUUGGAGAUCACCAAGAACAGCGCCACACUGGGUUGGCUAAAGCCACUCAGAGAUGGAGGAGCCAAGAUCAACGGAUAUGUGGUGGACUACCAGGAGGAGGGUACGCCCGAGGACAAGUGGACACCUUACUCUGUGGUGAAAGACAUGACCAUCGUGGUGGUUGGUCUGAAUGAAGGAAAGAAGUACAAGUUCAGAGUGGCAGCCAGGAACUCAGUGGGAGUCAGCUUGGCUCGAGAGGCGGAGGGAGUGUUUGAGGUCAAGGAGCAGCUCAUGGCUCCUAAGGUCAUUUUGCCUGACAUUGUGACAGUCAGAGCUGGAUCCAAGAUGGUGGUUGAGGCCAUUGUGGCAGGUAAACCUGCUCCCUUCUGCAAGUGGAAGCAGGGCAGCGAAGAUGUGCUGACCUCUGAUCGCCUGUCCGUCGUUAAGACGCUGACCACCUGCACACUUAUCAUUAAGAACGUGAGAAGAAAGGACAGCGGCUACUACAGCCUGUCAGCUGAGAACAGUACUGGCAAGAUCAACCAGAUCCUCAGAGUCACUGUCAUGGACCUUCCUGGACCCCCUGAAGCUCCUCUGGAGAUCACUGAACCAGACAUAGAUGCCUGCACGCUACUCUGGAACUCCCCACAGGAGGAUGGUGGCAGCAACAUCACCAACUAUAUUGUGGAGAAGUGUGACGUCAGCCAGGGCGACUGGAUCCCUGUGUCCACUUCCUGCACCAAAACCAGCUUUAGAGUGACCAAACUGACAACUGGUAAAGAGUAUGGAUUCCGGGUCCGUGCCGAGAACAGGUUCGGUGUCUCAGAGCCCAUCUACUCAGAGAAGAUGAUUGCCAGAUAUCCAUUUGAUCCUCCAAGCGAGCCCAGAAACCUACAGAUCAACAAGAUCAACAAGGACUUCGUCAUCCUGUCAUGGGAGCGUCCCAGCAGCGACGGCGGCACCCCAAUCACUGGAUACUGCAUUGAAAAGAAGGAAAGGAACAGCCUUCUGUGGAUGAGGGCCAACGAGUCUGUGGUCAAAGCCACCCAGUACACCUGCACCAGCCUGAUGGAGGGCCUGGAGUACACCUUUAGGGUGUCGGCACUCAACCUGGCUGGACAGGGCAAACCUUGCAAACAGACCGACUUCAUCACCGCCAGGACUGCUGUUGAUCCACCAGGUAAACCUGAACCCAUGGAUGUGAACAAGAGCUCUGUGUCAUUGGUCUGGAGCCGCCCCAAGCAUGACGGCGGUAGCAAGCUGAUUGGCUACCACAUGGAGUACACAAAGCUUCCAGAGGAGAAGUGGAUACGCUGCAACGCCAACUGCAUGAGCAUCCAGACGGAGAGUUAUGUGGUGACCGGCCUGGAGGAGGGCCGACAGUACCAGUUUAGAGUCAUUGCUAAGACCGCCAUCAACACCAGCCUGCCGUCUGAGCUGUCUGACCCCAUCGCUGUCAUUGCUGAAAAUGUUCCCCCUCGUGUUGACCUGGGCGUCAACAUGAAGAACCUGAUCGUGGUGAAAGCCGGAGAGAAUGUUUUCCUGGAUGCUGAGGUGUUCGGCAAGCCCCUGCCAAAGGUGAGCUGGAAGAGAGACGGAGCGCCUCUCGUCCUUCGCGAGGGAAUGAAGAUGAUCCAGAAGAAACAUGUCCACCUGCUGGAGCUCUUCUCUGUCACCAGGAAGGAGUCUGGAGACUACACUAUCACCGCUGAGAAUCUCAGUGGCAGCAAGUAUGCUACCAUCAAGGUCAAGGUGCUCGACAAACCCGGCCCUCCAGCCUCAGUGAAAAUUGGUAAGGUGUUUGCUGACCAUGUUAAGUUGCGAUGGGAGCCCCCAAUAGCGGACGGUGGCUCUGAGAUCACAAACUACAUCAUAGAGAAGCGUGAGACCAGCAGGGCCAACUGGGCGCUGGUCAGCUCCAACAUCCAUGGACACGUCACUGACUGCUCAGUGGAGAAACUCAUUGAAGGACAUGAGUAUGAGUUCAGAGUCAGUGCUGAGAACCAGUAUGGUGUGGGAGACCCCAACAUGACUAACUCUGUCAUGGUCAAGAACCCAUACGAUGUUCCUGGUCCAUGCGAGCCGCCCGUAAUCACCAACAUUACUCAGAACUCUAUGACAGUGAGCUGGAAAGCCCCAGCCAACGACGGCAAGGCCACCAUCCUGGGAUACAUGCUGGAGAAACGUGAGGCCACCGAGCUGACCUGGGCUAAGGUCAACCGCCGACCAGUUAUUGAUAGAACCCUCAAAGCUGCUCAGCUGUCCGAGGGCUCUGAGUACGAGUUCAGAGUCAUCGCCAUGAACAAAGCCGGUUUGGGCAAACCCAGCGACGCAUCCAGUGCUGCAUUGGCUGUUGACCCUGUCUAUCCUCCCGGACCUCCUGCCUUCCCCAAGGUGGUGGACUCCACCAAGAGCUCCAUUAGCCUCAGCUGGACCAAACCAGCCUAUGAUGGUGGCUGUGAGAUCAUUGGCUACCUGGUGGAGUGUAAGCGAGCCGAAGCUGAGGACUGGACCAAGUGCAACGUCCCAAAGAAGCUCCAGGACACCAAAUUCCUAAUGACAGGCCUGAUGGACAACACUGAGUACCAGUUCAGAGUAACUGCUGUCAACAAGAUUGGCUACAGCGAGCCCAGUGAGGUCCCUGGAAACCACAUGGCCAAGGACAUCCUAAUCGCUCCUGAAGCUGAGCUGGAUGCUGACCUAAGAAAGGCUUUGGUUCUUCGUGCUGGCGUUACCAUGAGGCUCUACGUCCCACUGAGAGGACGUCCGGCACCAAAGGUGACAUGGACAAAGGUGGACGCCAACCUGAAGGAGAGGCAGGGUCUGCUGAUCAAGACGUCCGAGUGGGACACCCUACUGAUGGCCGAGGACAUUAACAGAUAUGACGCUGGCAAAUACGUCCUGACACUGGAGAAUAGCAGCGGCUCCAAGAGCUACACCAUUGUGGUCAAGGUCCUUGAUUCUCCUGGACCACCUGUGAACCUGAUUGUCAAGGAGACCUCCAAAAGCCACGCCUGCAUCACCUGGGAGCCCCCGCUGAUUGACGGUGGCAGCCCAGUCAAGAGCUAUGUCGUAGAGAAACGUCUGGCCGAAAGAAAAGCCUGGACCUGCGUGUCGGCAGAGUGCCCCAAAACCUCAUUCAGGAUCACCAACCUGGAGGGUGGACAGGCCUACUGCUUCAGAGUGCUGGCUGAAAACAACUAUGGCAUCGGAGAGGGCUGUGAGACUGCCGGCAGCGUCCGAGCCUCAGAACAACCUGGUCCAGUGAUGGACUUCAAAGCCCAGAAGACCACCAAGGACUCGAUCGUCCUGGGCUGGAAGAAGCCUAUCAGUGACGGCGGAAGCUACGUUACCGCUUAUAUCCUGGAGCAGAGCGAAGGCGAAGAGAAGUGGAAGCAGAUCAUGAAGGGCAAGAACACCUCACACACCAUCAGCGAGCUGACUGAAGGCAAGGAGUACUCCUUCAAAGUCAAGGCGCUCAAUGAGUCCGGAGAGGGGCCACCCACCGAGCUCACUGUCGUCGCAAAGGACCAGUUUGUGCUGCCUGACUGCAACUUGAGUGCUCUGCAAGACAAUUGCUGUGUGGUGAAGGAAGGCAGCACCACGCGUAUCCACAUCCCCACCAUCGGAGUGCCCCUCCCCACUGCCACCUGGAAGAAGGGCGACACGAUGGUCGGAGACACCGGCAGGAUGUGCGUGGAGGCGUCUCAUGGUGUCACCACUCUGCUUAUCAGAGACUGCCAGAAAGGAGAUGCCGACACCUACAGCAUCCACGUCAGGAACAGUGCCGGUUCCAAGGACUGCAAGUUCCAGCUGAAAGUGGUCGGCAAGCCUGGCAUCUGCACUGGACCCAUUAAGUUUGACGAGAUCACCGCUGAUGGCAUCACCCUGGAGUGGGGACCACCCAAAGAUGAUGGCGGUGCAGAGGUGUCCAACUACAUCGUUGAGAAGAGGAGGACCACAGACAACAAGUGGGCCACAGUAGCUUCAGCUAUCCAGAAGACCACCAUGAGGGUGAUCAGGCUCCACGAUGGAAUAGAGUACAUCUUCAGAGUGUUUGCUGAGAACAAAUAUGGAGUUGGAGAGUAUCUGAGGUCUGACCCAGUCAUCGCCCAGCAUCCAUUCAAUGUGCCUGAGGCACCUGCUCCUCCAGAAAUUGUGAGCAUCCGCCACGAGUCAGCCAUUUUGACUUGGGCUGAUCCAAAGGACACUGGUGGCUCCCCAAUUACUGGAUAUCAUGUGGAGUUUAAGGAGAGAAACAGUCUGAUGUGGAAACGGGCCAGUAAGACUCCUUUGAGAGUAAAGGAGUGCAGAGUCACUGGCCUGAUAGAGGGACUAGAGUACGAGUUCAGAGUGAUGGCCAUGAACAUGGCCGGGCUCGGAAAGGCAAGCAGGGCCACUGAGGCUGUGGUCGCCCUGGAUCCUAUUGAUCCUCCUGGCAAGCCGGAAGUGAUUAACGUCACAAGGACCACAGUCACUCUGAUUUGGACAGCUCCCAAAUAUGACGGCGGCCACAAGCUGACUGGCUACAUGGUGGAGAAGUUGGAGGCUGGCGGCAAGGCCUGGAUGAAGGCCAAUCAUAUCAACGUCCAGGGAUGUGCCUUCACUGUCCCUGACCUGACAGAGGGAUCUCAGUAUCAGUUCAGGAUCAGGGCCAAGAAUUCUGCUGGGGCUAUUAGUGUUCCUUCAGAGUCUACUGAGCUUCUGACCUGCAAGGAUGAGUAUGAGCCCCCGACAAUCACUAUUGACCCAGAAAUGAAGGACGGUGUAUCAGUCAGGGCAGGAGACACCAUCGUGAUAUCAGCCUCCAAGAUUUUGGGCAAACCUCCACCUACUUCUGUCUGGUCAAAGGGAGGCCGUGAGUUCAAGACCUCUGACAUCAUCACCAUCACCAGUACCCCCACCUCCUCUACUCUGGCUAUCAAGUAUGCAAGCCGGAAGAACACGGGCGACUACAUCAUCACUGCCAGCAAUCCCUUUGGUAUUAAGGAAGAACACGUAAAAGUGAAGGUUCUGGACGUGCCUGGACCUCCAGGCCCCAUUGAACCCACUAACAUUUCAGCUGAGAAGUGUACUCUGACCUGGCUUCCACCAGAGGAGGAUGGAGGCUGCUCUAUCAAGUCCUACAUCCUUGAAAAGAGAGAGACCAGCCGCUUGCAGUGGACCAAGCUAGCUGAAAAUGUCAUGGACUGCAGAUAUGUAGCCAGUAAACUGAUCAAGGGCAAUGAGUACAUCUUUAGAGUGUCUGCUGUGAACCAGUAUGGCACUGGAGACUCAAGCCAAUCUGGUCCAGUCAAAAUGGUUGACAGUUUCCGCCCACCAGGUCCACCAUCAACCCCAGAAAUUGAUAAUGUCAGUAGGAGCGCUGUUACCAUUUCAUGGAAGAGACCAGUACAGGACGGUGGAAGUGACAUCAGAGGAUAUUGUGUAGAGAGGAAAGAGAGGAGAGGAAUGAGAUGGGUGAGAGCCUGUAAGAGGACAGUCCCUGACCUGCGCUAUAAGGUGCAAGGCCUGAGCGAGGGAAUAGAGUAUGAGUUUAGAGUCACUGCUGAGAACAAGGCUGGAUUUGGGGAUCCAAGUGAGCCAUCACACCCUGUGAUGACCAAGGACAUUGUGUAUCCACCUGGUCCUCCAUCCAACCCCAGAAUUACAGAAACCACAAAAACCACUGCCACAUUUGCCUGGGGUCGACCCCACUAUGAUGGUGGUCUUGAAGUAGAUGGAUAUAUUGUUGAGUACAAAGAGGAGGGGCAUGAUGACUGGGAGACGGAGACACAGUACCUAUUGAAAGCUAAUGAAUACGUUAUUGGUAAACUUAAAAAAGGAGGCAAAUACCACUUCAGAGUCUGCGCAGUAAAUUCAGAGGGAGUUGGUGAGCCUGCAGAGGUUGAGAAAUUGACUGAACUGGUAGACCAGGAGUCACUGCCAGACUUUGAGCUGGAUGCUGAACUCAGGAGAACCCUGGUGGUGAGGUCCCGUGCUUCAAUCCGUAUGUUUGUUCCCAUCAGAGGUCGGCCUGUUCCUGAAGUAACCUGGAGCAAAGAUGAUACCGACCUUAAAAAACGUGCACACAUUGACACCACAGAGUCCUACACUCUCCUGGUUAUCCCUGACUGCACCAGAUACGAUGCUGGAAAGUACCACCUCUGUCUGGAGAACGUUGCUGGAAAGAAGACUGGCUUUGUUAAUGUGAAAGUUUUGGACACACCAGGACCACCAGUCAAUCUUAAACCUAGAGAGAUCACUAAGAAUAGCAUCACCCUUCAGUGGGAAAUCCCCAUAAUUGAUGGUGGUUCUAAGAUUCACAACUACGUUAUUGAAAAGAGAGAGGCCACCAAGAAGGCCUAUACUGUGCUUAGCACCACUUGGCAGAAGUGUUCCUUCAAGAUACUAGGCCUUGAAGAGGGAGCUUACUACUACUUCCGUAUCACUGCUGAGAAUGACCUGGGCAUUGGUGAGCCAGCUGAAACCCCUGAGCCAAUCAGGGUGUCCCAGGCCCCUUCUGCACCAGAGAACUUGUAUGUCACAGAUGUGACAGCUGACAGUGCCAGCCUCGCAUGGACCAAGCCCCUGCAUGAUGGUGGCAGCUUGAUCACCGGAUAUGUCAUUGAGGCCCAGAAGAAGGACACAGACCAGUGGGUCCAUAUGGGCACCAUCAAAGCUCUGGACUACACUGUCCCGGAUCUGAUUGAGGGCGCAGAAUAUACCUUCCGCAUAAUAGCUGUCAAUGCAUCAGGCAGGAGUGACCCCCGUGAGAGCAGGCCUGCUAUUAUCAAAGAGCAGACAUCCGCUCCUUCCUUUGACCUACGUGGAGUCUACCAGCAGACUGUCAUCGCUAAGGCAGGAGACCGCGUCAAGGUGGAGAUUCCAGUGCUCGGCAAACCAAGACCUGUGGUUUCCUGGAAGAAAGGAGACACAGUGCUAAAGGAGACACAAAGAAUCAACACUGAAACCACACCAACAUCCACAAUCCUCAACAUCAGUGAGAUCAAGAGGACUGAUGGAGGCCAGUAUUCCAUGAUUGGAAAGAACAUGCUGGGUACAGUGACUGAGACGAUCACAGUUCUGGUCCAUGACAUUCCAGGUCCUCCAACUGGUCCUAUCAAGCUGGACGAGGUCUCAUGUGAUUAUGUUCUCAUGUCCUGGGAGGCACCAGAAAAUGAUGGAGGUGUUCCCAUCAACAACUAUAUUGUUGAGAUGCGGGAGACUACUGGUACUUCCUGGGUAGAGUUGGCAGCGACAGUGAUCCGCACCACAUUCAAGGCAGCUCGACUCAACACUGGAACCCAAUAUCAGUUCCGCGUCAAGGCACAGAACAGAUAUGGCAUCGGACCAUGCAUUAUCUCUGAGCCAGUGGUGGCUGCCUAUCCAUUUGAUGUGCCAGGCCAGCCAGGCACUCCUGUGGUCACAUCUUUUAACAAGGAUGCUAUGACUCUUAGUUGGAAUGAGCCUUCCUCUGAUGGAGGCAGUGUCAUCCUGGGAUAUCAUGUGGACAGAAAAGAGAAAAACAGCAUUCUGUGGCAGAGAAUCAGCAAAGCUCUUGUUGUUGGAAAUAUCUUCAAAUCACCAGGCCUUGUUGAUGGAAUUGCAUAUGAACACCGUGUUUUUGCUGAGAACAUGGCCGGUCUCAGCAAACCAAGCAAACCCUCUGAGCCUGUGUAUGCUUUGGACCCAAUCGACCCACCGGGUAGGCCUGUGGCACUGAAUAUCACCAGACAUGAGGUGACAGUCACAUGGAGCAAACCAGAGGGAGAUGGCGGCUUUUCCAUCACUGGAUACACAGUAGAGAGGAGAGAGAUGCCCAAUGGACGCUGGCUCAAAGCCAACUUUAACAACAUCCAAGAAACUAUCUACACAGUCAGUGGUCUGACAGAAGAUGCAACUUAUGAAUUCCGUGUGACUGCAAGAAACUCAGCUGGUGCUGUUAGUGCUCCAUCCCAGCCAUCUGAGGCAAUCACAUGCAGAGAUGACAUCGAAGAGCCAAGACUUGAUGUUGAUGCAUCAUAUAGUAGCAAUGUUGUUGUCAUGGCAGGAGAGGUGUUUAAACUUGAGGCCAAUGUAACUGGCAGGCCAAUCCCAUUUCUGGUAUGGACCAAGGAAGGAAAGGAGCUUGAGGAUACAGCCAAGCUUGAGAUAAAGACAUCUGACUUCCACACAACUCUAAUAAACAAAGAUUCCCUGAGAAGGGACGGAGGUGCUUUUACUCUGACUGCCAGCAAUCCCGGUGGCUUUGCCAAGUUUACAUUUAAUGUUAAGGUGCUCGACAGACCUGGACCACCAGAUUCCCUCACUGUUACUGACGUCACAGCUGAGAAAUGUGUCCUUAACUGGCUGCAUCCAACACAUGAUGGUGGUGCCAAGAUUGAGUACUUUAUCAUUCAGAGGCGUGAAACCAGUAGGUUGGCAUGGACAAAUGUGGCCACAGAUCUUCAGGCGAACAGGUUCAAGGUCACCAAGCUUCUGAAGGGCAAUGAGUACAUCUUCAGAGUCAUGGCUGUUAACAAGUAUGGCGUGGGUGAACCAUUUGAGUCUGAACCUGUCAUCUGUGCCAAUCCCUAUGUCCCCAGUGACCCACCACAGCAGCCUGAAGUCACCACUAUUACAAAGGACUCCAUGGUUGUCUGCUGGGAGCGCCCUGAACACGAUGGAGGCAGCAGAAUAAACACCUACAUAAUUGAAAGAAGAGAUAAGACUGGCCUGCGCUGGGUGAAGUGCAACAAGAGGACUGUAACUGACCUACGAUUCAAGGUAUCUGGCCUCACAGUAGGACAUGAGUAUGAAUUCAGAGUUUUUGCUGAGAACAAUGCUGGUCUAAGCCAGCCUAGUCCUUGCAGUCCCUUCUACAAGGCUGUGGACACCAUCUUCCAGCCUGGACCUCCAGGGAAUCCCAGAGUGCUGGACACAACCAAGUCCUCAAUCACCCUUGCUUGGAACAAGCCUGUCUAUGAUGGUGGUUCUGAAAUCACUGGUUACAUUGUGGAGACCUGCCUGCCUGAGGAGGAUGAGUGGACAAUUCACACUCCCAAGAAGGGAUGGACAGCCACUUCUUUCACUAUUACCAACUUGAAGGAAAAUCAAGAGUAUAAAAUAAACAUCUGUGCCACAAAUUGUGAAGGAGUGGGAGAGCCUGCUGCUGUUCCUGGAACUCCCAAGGCUGAAGACAGACUGCUUCCUCCAGAAAUUGAACUUGGAGCAGAGCUACGUAAGGUAGUAUGCAUCAGGGCCUGUAGCACACUCAGACUCUUUGUCCCCAUUAAGGGCAGACCAGCACCUGAAAUUAAAUGGGCAAGGGAACAUGGAGAAUCCCUGGACAAAGCUAACAUUGAAAUCACCUCAUCAUUCACCACUCUUCAAGUAGAGAAUGUUGACAGGUUUGAUGGAGGUAAAUACAUGGUGACUGUAGAGAAUGCCUCAGGAAGCAAGACAGCUUUUGUUAAUGUAAGGGUGCUAGAUACUCCUGGAGCACCUCAGAAUCUCAUCGUCAAGGAGGUCACUAGAGAUUCAGUUUCCCUUGUUUGGGAUGCACCUCUAAUUGAUGGUGGCUCCAGAGUCCGCAACUACAUUGUGGAGAAGCGUGAGUCAACCAGAAAGGCCUACUCAACAGUCUGUGCCAGCUGCCAUAAGUCUAGUUGGAAAGUUGGAGACCUGGAGGAAGGAAAAAUGUACUUCUUUAGAAUCCUGGCUGAGAAUGAAUAUGGCAUUGGUCUCCCAGUAGAGACCGUCGAUCCAAUCAAAGUGUCAGAGAAGCCUCUACCACCAGGCAAAGUGUCCCUUUGUGAAGUUACCAGCAUGAGUGUCACACUAACAUGGGAAAAGCCUGAACAUGAUGGUGGCAGCAGAAUCACAGGCUAUAUUGUUGAGAUGCAAGGUAAAGGCAGUGAGAAGUGGACCCAGGUCAUGGUGGUAAAGACCAAUGAGGCUCUUGUAACUGGCCUUACACAGGGAGAGGAGUACAUGUUCCGUAUCUCAGCCACCAAUGAAAAGGGAGUUAGUGACCCACGUCCUCUCAGUGUACCUGUAGUGGCUAAAGACCUGGUCAUCUCACCAACUUUCAAACUGCUUUUUAGUACAUUCAGUGUACUAGCAGGAGAUGAUCUGAAGAUAGAUGUACCAUAUGCUGCCUGCCCCAAGGCUACCGCAACUUGGCUCAAAGAUGGUGUUGCUCUCAAGGAGACAACCAGAGUUAAUGCUGAAGCCACGGAUAGACACCUUCUCCUAGUUAUUAAGGAAGCUUGCAGAGAUGAUGUGGGCACAUACACUAUCAAACUGACCAACACAGCUGGAGAGGCAUCUACAGACAUCAGUGUCCUUGUUCUAGACAAGCCUGGUCCUCCAACUGGCCCGAUUAAGCUGGAUGAGGUCACUGCUGACAGUGUGAUCCUGUCCUGGAAUCCACCAGAGUACGACGGUGGUUGCAGCAUCAAUAAUUACAUUGUUGAGAAGAGAGACACGUCUACCACUAACUGGCAGAUUGUGUCAGCUACAGUGGCCAGAACCACUAUCAAGGCAGCCCGUCUAAAGACUGGAUCUGAGUACCAGUUCAGGAUUGCUGCAGAGAAUAGAUAUGGCAAGUCCUCUCUCCUGCUCUCUGAAGCCAUUGUUGCUCAGUAUCCAUUUGAACUACCUAGCCAACCCCGUUCUGUUGUGGUCCAGUCAGCCACCAAAGAGAGCAUGGUGGUUGUGUGGGAGAAACCCAGCAAUGAUGGUGGAAGCAAAAUUCUGGGCUACCACUUAGAGCUCAAAGAGAGAAACAGUAUACUGUGGGUAAAACAAAACAAACAAAUUAUCCCAGAGACCAGAUUCAAGGUUGUUGGCCUUGAGGAGGGUAUUGAAUAUGAGUUUAGAGUCUAUGCUGAGAACAUUGUGGGCCUCAGCAAAGCCAGCAAACUGAGUGAAAUGCAAGUUGCCAGGGAUCCUUGUGACAGACCAGGAAAACCAGAGGCUGUCAUUGUGACGAGAAACAAAGUGACACUCAGAUGGACCAAACCUGAGUAUGAUGGCGGAAUCAAGAUCACAGGCUAUGUGGUUGAAAAGAAAGAGGCAGCUGGCCGCUGGAUGAAGGCCAGUUUUACCAACAUCAUUGAAACUGAAUUUGUUGUCACAGGACUUACUGAAGAUCAGAUUUAUGAGUUCCGUGUCAUCGCCAGGAAUGCAGCAGGUGUGUUCAGCAAGCCCUCUGACUCUACUGGAGCCAUCACUGCCAAGGAUGAGGUGGAUCCACCCACAAUUGACUUGGAAUCUAAGUACUCCCAGGCUGUGGUGGUAAAUGCUGGAGAGACAUUCAGGCUUGAGGCUGCUGUCUCUGGUAAGCCUGUGCCCUCUGUGCACUGGCUGAAAGAGGGCAAAGAGCUUACUGAAGCAGCUCGCCUAGAGCUCAAGAACACAGACUUUACAGCUUGUAUAGUUGUUAAAGAAGCCAUCCGUGUCGAUGGAGGUCAGUACACUUUGCUGGUAAAGAAUGUUGGAGGAGAGAAAUCUAUUAAUAUUAAUGUCAAGGUCCUGGACAGACCAGGUCCACCUGUGGGUCCUAUCUCCAUCUAUGGAGUCACCAAUGAGAAAUGCUCCAUUUCCUGGAAACCUCCCUCGCAAGAUGGAGGUAGCGAUGUUUCCCAUUACAUUGUUGAGAGAAGGGAAACAAGCCGACUGGUUUGGACUGUAGUUGAGCCAAAAGUUCAGACAUUGAACCUGAAGAUCACAAAACUUCUUCCUGGUAACGAGUACAUCUUCAGAGUGAUUCCAGUCAACAAAUACGGAGUUGGUGAGCCCCUGGAAUCUGAGGCGAUGAUUGCCAGAAAUCCAUUUGUCACUUCCAACCCACCAACAGAGGUAGAAGUCUCAACAAUCACCAAAGACUCCAUGGUGGUGACCUGGGAGAGACCAACUAAUGAUGGCGGCAGCCCCAUUCAGGGAUACAUUGUUGAGAAGCGUGACAAGGAUGGUGUAAGAUGGACUAGGUGCAAUAAGCGCACAGUGAGUGAGCUUCGCUUCAGAGUGACAGGGCUUAUAGAAAACCACAGCUAUGAAUUCAGAGUUGCUGCUGAGAAUGCUGCAGGUGUUGGCACACCUAGCACGCCAACAGUGUACUACAAAGCCCUGGAGCCUAUCUUCAAAGCAGGCCCACCAAACAACCCCAAGGUGGUGGACUCAUCUAGGUCCACGGUUUCCCUGACAUGGGGCAAACCCAUCUAUGAUGGUGGCUGUGAGAUUCAGGCUUACAUUGUUGAGGCCUGCGAUGGGGCAUCUGAUGAGUGGUUUAUGUGCACUCCCCCCACUGGAAUCACUGACACUAAAUUGAAAGUGACAAAGCUUCUGGAGAAGCAUGAGUACCAAUUCAGAGUGUGUGCCAUCAACAAAGUUGGUAUUGGUGAGCAUGCUGAUGUACCAGGAAAAAUUCUUUUGGAGGAGAAGCUUGAGGCUCCUGAUCUUGACCUGGAUGCAGAUAUGAGAAAGAUGAUCAACAUUAGAUCAGCAAGCACUCUCAGGCUGUUUGUUCCUGUGAGAGGUCGUCCAGCACCUGAAGUGAAAUGGGGCAAGGCUGAGGGCGAGAUUAAGGAGACUGCCCAGAUUGACAAUACAGGCAGCUAUGCUUCACUUGUCAUUGAGAAUGUUGACAGAUUUGAUAGUGGCAAGUACACCCUGACAGCAGAGAAUGCCAGUGGAGUGAAGUCAGUAUUCAUCAGUGUUAGAGUCCUAGACUCACCUAGUCCACCAACUAACUUUAUAGUGAAAGAGAUUACCAAGAAUUCGGUCACUCUUACAUGGGAGCCUCCCCUUCUGGAUGGUGGCUCAAAGAUUAAGCAUUAUAUUGUUGAGAAGCGUGAGAGCACCAGGAAGGUUUAUUCUCCUGUUAUCACCUGCAACAAGAUGACAUGGAAAGUUGAACCUCUUCCAGAGGGUGGAAUCUUCUUCUUCAGAGUCUUGGCUGAGAAUGAAUAUGGUGUGGGUCUCCCUGCUAAAACUAUAGAACCAAUUAAGAUAUCUGAGAAGCCUCAGCCGCCUGGUAAAGUCAGUGUUGUUGACGUCACUAGUAGCACUGUAACUCUCGCCUGGGAGAAGCCUGAAUAUGACGGUGGCAGCAGGAUCAGUCACUAUGAAGUCGAACUGGCAUCCAAGGACAGUGAAGCUUGGUCUGUGUGUGCUAGUGUGAAGGCAGUGGAGACUGUAGUGACAAACCUACUUAAGGGGGAGGAGUACCAAUUCAGAGUUGUUGCUGUAAAUGACAAGGGCAAAAGUGACCCGAGACAAUUGGCUCAGUCAGUUUUAGCAAAGGACCUAGUGAUUGAGCCUGCUGUUCGACCCAAAGUGAGCACCUACAGUGUCCAGGUGGGGUAUGACCUCAAGAUUGAGGUUCCAAUUGCUGGUCAUCCAAAGCCAACCAUCACUUGGACUAAAGAUGGAGCUGCCCUUAAGCAAACCACCAGAGUCAAUGUCACUGAUUCAGCACAUCAUACCACUCUCACCAUGAAGGAUGCCACCAGAGAGGAUGGAGGCUUGUACAGCAUCAAUAUCACCAAUGCCUUAGGCUCCAAAGAUGCCACUAUUGAGGUGAUCACCCUGGACAAACCAGGCCCACCAACAGGCCCUGUCAAGUUAGAGGAUAUCAGUGCUGAGAGUAUCACUCUUAGCUGGGAACCUCCUACAUAUACAGGUGGCUGUCCAAUCUCCAACUAUGUGGUGGAGAAGAGAGACACAACCACAACCAACUGGGUGGUCGUAUCUGCCACUGUGGCUAGAACCACACUAAAAGUGAGCAAUCUGAAGACAGGUGCUGAAUACCAGUUCAGAAUCUGUGCUGAGAAUAGAUAUGGAAAGAGUUAUGCAAUUGAUUCAGAGCCUGUUUUGGCACAGUAUCCUUUCCAGGAGCCUGGCCCACCAGGAACACCAUUUGUGUCUUCAUACACUAAAGACUAUAUGGUGGUUGAGUGGCACAAACCCCCAUCUGACGGAGGCAGUUCCAUCUUAGGCUAUCAUCUGGAGAGAAAAGAGAAGAACAGUAUCCUCUGGACAAAGAUCAACAAAAUGCUCAUCCAAGACUGUAGGUUCAAAUCUACUCCUCUUGAAGAAGGCAUUGAGUAUGAGUACAGAGUCUAUGCUGAGAAUAUUGUUGGCAUUGGAAAAUGCAGCAAAGUCUCUGAAGUUUAUGUUGCCCGUGACCCAUGUGAUCCUCCUGGCUGUCCUGAGGCUUUGAUUGUGACCAGACACUCAGUGAAGCUGAAGUGGACCCCACCACAGUAUGAUGGUGGAAGCUUAGUUACUGGCUAUGUAGUGGAGAAACGAGACCUUCCAGAAGGAAAGUGGAUGAAGGCUAGUUUUACAAACAUCAUUGCACAUGAAUUCACAGUAACUGGCCUGACAGAACACUGCAAAUAUGACUUUAGAGUAAUUGCAAGGAAUGCAGCUGGGGCUGUCAGCAAGCCAUCUGAGAGCACAGGAUCCAUCACAGCCAUGGAUGAAAUUGACCCACCUAAGUGUGAGACAGAUCCUAUAUACAACCAGACCAUUGUUAUCAAUGCUGGAGAGACAUUCAAUCUGGAAGCCAGUGUGGAAGGAAAGCCCAUCCCCACAGCUCAGUGGUUCAAAGGAAAUGUUGAAGUUGAAAACUCAGCAAGAGCUGAGAUCAAGAACACAGAUUUUAAGGCUUUGCUUGUUGUGAAAGAUGCCAUCAGAGUAGAUGGUGGACAGUACACACUGGUUCUGACGAAUGUGGGUGGAACUAAAAAUGUCCCAUUCAGUGUGAAGGUCCUGGACAGACCAGGCCCUUCAGAGGGACCUCUUACUGUCAGCAACGUCACUGAGGAGAAGUGUUCACUGUCAUGGCUGCCACCCAGGCACGAUGGUGGAGCUAGCAUUUCUCACUACAUCAUUCAGAAGAGAGAAACAAGUCGCCUGGCAUGGACUGUGGUCUCCAGUGACUGUGGAGCUACCAUGUUCAAGGUUACUAAACUGUUAAAGGGCAAUGAGUAUAUCUUCAGAGUUAUGGCCGUCAACAAAUAUGGCGUAGGUGAGCCUCUUGAAUCAUUGCCAGUUAUCAUGAGAAAUCCAUUUGUUACUCCUGGCUCACCUCAGGAGCUUGAGAUCACUAACAUUACCAGGGACUCCAUGACUGUCUGCUGGAACCGCCCUGAGACCACUGGAGGCAGUGAAAUUGGUGGUUACAUUGUUGAGAAGAGAGACAGAGCUGGAAUAAGGUGGACCAAGUGCAAUAAACGCAGAGUGACAGAUUUGCGUUUCAGAGUAACUGGACUGACUGAAGACCAUGAGUAUGAAUUCAGAGUAUCUGCUGAGAAUGUAGCUGGAGUGGGUCAGCCAAGCCCAGCUACACCCUACCUCAAAGCCUGUGACCCCACCUUUGAACCGGGCUGUCCCACCAAUGCUCAUGUGGUCGACACAACUAAAGACUCCAUUAGUCUGGCCUGGCAUCGCCCUAUCUAUGAUGGUGGUUGCGAGAUUCAAGGAUACGCUGUGGAAAUUACCAAGGCUGAUGAGGAGGAGUGGACCAUAUGCACCCCACCGACUGGAGUUAAAGCUACCAAGUUUACCAUCACCAAGUUGAUAGAGCACCAGGAAUACAAGGUGCGCAUAUGUGCCAUCAAUAAGCUAGGUGUUGGUGAGCCCACCGAAGUCCAAGGGGUUGUGAAACCUCUUGAUAAGAUUGAUCCUCCAGAAAUGAUUCUGGAUUCAGAGCUAAGGAAGGGCAUAGUUGUCCGUGCAGCAGGUUCGAUGAGAAUCUGCAUUCCAUUCAAGGGACGUCCUACUCCUGAGAUCUGCUGGGCCAAGGAGGAUGGAGAACUGCCCAGUAAAGUUCAGAUAGAGACUGGUGAAGACUAUACACAGCUCUCCAUUGACAUCUGUGACAGAUAUGAUGCUGGAAAAUACAUCCUCAACUUGGAAAAUAGUGCUGGCACCAAAUCUGCCUUUGUUUCUGUUAAAGUUUUGGACACUCCAGGGGCCCCAGUGAAUCUAACAGUAAAAGACAUUAAGAGACAAAGUGUCACUCUGACCUGGGAGCCUCCUCUGAUUGAUGGUGGUGCAAGAAUCAAGAAUUACCUGGUUGAAAAGCGGGAGUCCACCAGGAAGGUUUACUCUAACGUGGACAAUAAAUGCACAAAGACAAGCUACCGUAUCACUGGCCUCACUGAGGGAACUAUCUACUAUUUCAGAGUCUUAGCAGAGAAUGAGUUUGGUGUGGGACACCCAGCUGAGACAGUAGAUGCAGUUAAGACUUCUGAACCUCCUCUGCCUGUGGGUAAGGUCACUUUAACUGAAGUGACCAAAACCACUGCUUCACUCUCUUGGGAGAAGCCAGACCAUGAUGGAGGCAGCAGGAUCAUGGGAUACUACAUUGAGAUGCAGCCUGUGGGCUCAGAGGAAUGGGUGGUGGCUGCCACAACCAAAACUUGUGAGGGCACUGUCACAGGCCUCAGCACAGGACAUGAGUACCUGUUUAGAGUUUCAGCUUUCAAUGAGAAGGGCAAGAGUGACCCCAGGCCACUGGCUGCACCAGUCACUGCUAAAGAUGUAACCAUCGAACCCAGAUUCAAGAUGACAUUCAACACUUACAGUUUACAAACUGGUGAGGAUCUGAAGAUUGAUAUUCCAGUGAUGGGACGCCCUGUUCCUAAGGUUGAAUGGAAGAAGGAUGGGCAGGCUCUUAAGGAGACAACCAGACUUAAUGUAUCGAGCACACUGUCAUCUACUAAGCUGUGCAUCAAGGAUGCGAAUAAAGAAGACUCUGGUAAAUACACUGUCACAGCUACCAGCAGUGUUGGAACAAGUACAGAGGAGAUUACUGUUAUUAUCCUCGAUAAGCCUGGCCCACCCACUGGCCCUGUGAAGAUUGAGGAGGUGAGCUCUAAUUAUGUCACUCUGUCCUGGGAGCCACCAGAGUAUACUGGAGGCUGUCAGAUCAAUAACUACAUUGUGGAGAAGAGAGACACCACCACAACAGCAUGGCAGAUUGUGUCCGCUACUAUUGCCAGGACAACCAUCAAAGUCACCAAAUUGAAGACUGGUGUUGAAUAUCAAUUCAGAGUGUCUGCUGAGAAUAGAUAUGGAAAGAGUCCUGCCAUUGUCUCUGCAGCUGUUAUUGCUCAGUAUCCAUUCACUGAGCCUGCAGCGCCAGGAACACCAACUGUUUCUGCUGCAACCAAGGAUAACAUGGUUGUUGAGUGGAAAGCUCCCACCAACAAUGGAGGCAGUCCAAUCCUAGGCUACCACCUCGAGAGAAAAGAGAAAAACAGCCUCUUAUGGACUAAACUCAAUAAGCUUUUAAUCCCAGAAACACAUUUUAAGACUACAGAGCUGGAAGAAGGAAUUGAGUAUGAAUUCAGAGUUUAUGCUGAGAAUAUUGCCGGACUUAGCCCAGUUAGCAAGGUCUCUGAAAGCACAGUAGCCAGGGACCCCUGUGACCCACCAGGCACUCCUGAAGCUAUUGAAAUCACCAGAAACCAUGUGACACUCCAAUGGAGCAGGCCUCAGUAUGAUGGGGGCAGUGCAAUCACUGGCUAUGUGAUUGAGAGGAAGAAGCACCCAGAUACCCGCUGGAUGAAGGCCAGCUUCACCAACAUCAUUGAUACUCACUUCACUCUCACUGGCCUGACUGAGGACUGCGUGUAUGAGUUCAGGGUCAUUGCCAGGAAUGCUGCUGGAAUUUUCAGCCGUCCUUCACUGGGCACAGGAGAAAUUACUGCCAAAGAUGAAAUUGAGGCUCCAGGAGCUACCAUGGAUUCUAAAUUCAAGGAUCUGACUGUUGUUAAUGCUGGUGAGUCAUUUGUUAUUGAUGCAGACUACACUGGUAAGCCUCUGCCUGAGGUCAUUUGGUUAAAGGAGGGAAAGGAGAUUGACAAAACCACACCAAGAAUGGAGGUCAAGACCACACUCACACGUACAAUUCUGACAGUCAAGGAUUGCAUCAGAGUGGAUGGUGGCCACUUUGUUCUCAAACUUGUCAAUGUGGGAGGAGUCAAGAUGAUCCCAGUUAAUGUUAAAGUUCUGGAUAGACCUGGUCCUCCAGAUGGCCCUCUAGAAGUCAAAGGGGUCACAGCUGAAAAAUGUUAUUUGCACUGGAACCAUCCCUCACAUGAUGGUGGAGCCAGCAUCUCACACUACAUCAUUGAGAAAAGAGAGACCAGUCGUUUGUCAUGGACAGUGGUUGAGCCCAAGAUCCAGGCCAUCAGCUACAAAAUCACAAAACUGCUGCCUGGAAAUGAAUACAUCUUCAGAGUCACUGCUGUGAAUAAAUACGGUGUUGGUGAGCCUUUGGAAUCUGAGCCUGUUAUUGCCCGUAAUCCCUUCACCACUCCCAGUGCACCCUCCACCCCAGAAGCCAGCGCUAUCACUAGGGACUCCAUAGUGCUUACCUGGGAGAGACCAGAGGAUAAUGGAGGAGCUGAGAUUGAUGGAUAUAUCCUUGAAAAACGUGAUAAGGAUGGCAUCAGAUGGUCUAAAUGCAACAAGAAGAGGCUGAAUGACCUUAGAUUCAGAUGUACUGGUCUCACAGAGGGUCAUUCCUAUGAAUUCAGGGUCUCAGCAGAAAAUGCUGCUGGUGUGGGAAAGCCUAGUGCACCAACUGAAUACAUCAAGGCCUUUGAUGCCAUUUAUCCACCAGGACCUCCAAAUAACCCCAAAGUCACCGACCAUUCAAGCACCACAGUCUCUUUGUCCUGGUCCAGACCUAUCUAUGAUGGUGGAGCACAGAUCAGUGGAUAUAUUGUUGAAAUGAAGGAGGCAGCAGAUGAUGAGUGGAUAACUUCCACACCAUACACUGGUGUUCAGACCACUCACUACACUGUAAAGAAACUAAAGGAGAAUGCAGAGUACAACUUCCGCAUUUGUGCUGUUAACUGUGAGGGAGUAGGAGAGCAUGUGGACCUACCUGGGUCUGUAAUUGCUGCAGAGAAGCUGGAGGCUCCUGAAAUUGAACUAGAUGCUGACCUGAGGAAGAUGGUCAAUGUUCGCGCCACUGCCACGUUGCGUCUCUUUGUGACAAUCAGAGGAAAGCCUGAGCCUGAGGUCAAAUGGUCAAAGGCUGAUGGUACUCUGAAUGAGCGCGCCCAGAUUGAAGUCACAAGCUCUUACACGAUGCUGGUGAUCGAGAAUGUCGACAGAUUUGACACUGGCAAAUAUGUACUGACCCUUGAGAAUCUCAGUGGCUCUAAAUCAGCCUUCAUCAAUGUCAGAGUUCUGGACUCCCCGAGUGCUCCUACCAACCUGGAGGUUAAGGAUGUGAAAAGAAAUUCGGUCUCACUCUCCUGGGAGCCUCCUAUAAUUGAUGGGGGGGCUAAGAUAUCACACUAUAUUGUAGAAAAGAGAGAACAGAAGAGGAUGGCUUUCACUAGUGUUUGCACUAACUGUGUGAGGAACUCGUUCAUUAUUUCUGACCUGCAGGAGGGAGGCCGAUAUUAUUUCCGUGUGUUGGCUGUGAAUGAGCUGGGAGUAGGUCUACCUGCCUCCACAGAUCAGGUCAAGGUGUCUGAGGCUCCUUUGCCUCCUGGUAAGGUUGUCCUGGUUGACGUGACUCGUCAUAGUGUUACCCUUUCCUGGGAGAAACCUGAUUAUGAUGGAGGCAGCAAAAUUUCAAAUUAUAUUGUGGAGAUGCAGCCCAAAGGAGAUGAAAAAUGGACUGUAUGCAGUGAAGUCAAAGCACUGGAAGCUACUAUUGAUGGACUCACAACGGGAGAGGAGUAUGCCUUCAGGGUGAUUGCUGUGAAUGAUAAGGGCAAGAGUGAUUCCAAACCUCUGGCUACCCCUGUGGUGGUGAAGGACAUCACAGCAGAGCCCACAAUCAACAUGUUGUUCGACACAUACAGUGUAAAGGCAGGAGAUGACUUGAAGAUUGAUGUUCCCUUCAAAGGUAGACCUCAGCCUGAGGUGUCCUGGAAGAAGGAUGGUCAGGUGCUUAAGCAGACAACUAGGGUCAAUGUUCUUACUUCCAAGACCUCAUCCAAGAUUUUAAUCAAGGAUGCUGCCAAGGAAGAUGUAGGAAAGUAUGAGAUUACUCUAACUAACUCAGUUGGCACCAAGACAGCUGAAAUCUCUGUUAUAAUCUUGGACAAACCUGGCCCACCCAGCAACAUUAAGGUUGAUGAAGUGAGUGCUGACUUUAUCUCCCUGUCUUGGGAUUCUCCAACCUACGACGGUGGAUGCCAAAUCAACAACUAUGUGGUGGAGAAGAGAGACACUACCACAACCACAUGGCAGAUUGUCUCAGCCACAGUAGCCAGGACAUCAAUCAAGGUGUCUCGUCUCACACAGGGAAUAGAGUACCAGUUCCGUAUUGCAGCGGAGAACCGUUAUGGCAAGAGUCAUGCCAUUGACUCUGCUCCUGUUGUUGCUCAGUAUCCCUUCGAGCCUCCUGGCCCUCCAACCAAUGUACAUGUUGCCCAUGCCACCAAGUAUGGCAUGCUUGUGGUAUGGGGCAGACCUGCCAGUGAUGGUGGAAGCCCUGUUAUAGGUUAUCACAUUGAAUGCAAAGACCAAAGCAGCAUCCUGUGGACGAAGGUCAACCGAGGUUUGCUGACUGAGAACGAAUUUAAGAUGACAGGCAUUGAAGAAGGCCUGCUGUAUCAGUUCAGAGUCUAUGCUGAGAAUGCUGCUGGCAUUGGUCCAUGCACUAAGGCCAGUGAUGCUGUGGCAGCUAGGGAUCCAUGCCAACCUCCAUCUAACCUUAGAGUCACCAAUAUUACCCGGACCUCAGUUUCCCUCUUCUGGGAAAAGCCAGAGUUUGAUGGUGGAGCAAAGGUUACAGGCUACAUUGUUGAGCGUAAAGAACUUCCCAAUGGUCGCUGGCUGAAAUGUAAUUUCACCAACCUGCAAGAUACCUACUUUGACGUCACAGGUCUCACAGAGGAUGUCCAAUAUGACUUCCAUGUCAUUGCUAAAAAUUCUACAGAGCAGUUGAGUGCUCCCUCGGAGAGCACUGGUCCUGUCACAGUAAAGGAUGAUGUGGACCCUCCCACUAUUAUCCUGGAAGAUAAGUUCAGACAGCUGGUUGUCAUAAAGGCUGGAGAUAUCAUUAAAAUUGAUGCUGAAGUCACUGGCCGUCCAAUCCCAGUUGUCACAUGGUCUAAGGAUGGGAAGGAGAUUGAGUCAAAGGCCAGGUGUGAAAUCACCUCCACCAACUUCACAACCACACUGAUUGUCAGAGACGCUAUCAGAAGGGACUCUGGCCAGUAUGUCCUGACCCUGCACAAUGUGGCUGGAACCAGGUCAGUGGCUAUUAACUGUAAGGUUCUGGACAGACCUGGACCUUCCUCAGGUCCUUUGACAGUGUCUGGCCUCACAGCAGAGAAAUGCACCAUUGCGUGGGGACCCCCUCAGGAGAAUGGCGGUGCUGAAAUCAUGCAUUACAUUGUGGAGAAACGCGAGACCAGUCGCCUUGCCUGGACUCUAGUCUAUGGUGACAUGAAGGCAACCACCUGUAAGGUGACCAAGCUGCUCAAAGGAAAUGAGUACAUCUUCAGAGUCAGGGGAGUCAACAAAUAUGGGGAUGGUGAGCCCCUGGAGAGUGAGCCAACAAAGGCCAGUGAUCCAUUCACUGUGUCUGCAGCUCCUACUAAUGUCCAGGUCACCUCAGUUACUAGUGAGGCAAUGACCAUCUGUUGGGAAAGACCUGUUUCUGAUGGUGGCAGCAGUAUCUGUGGUUAUGUCAUUGAAAAACGAGAGAAGACUGGCCUUCGCUGGUGCCGUGUCAACAAGAAACCUGUUUAUGACCUCAGAGUCAAAGCCUCACACCUUCGGGAGGGCAGUGAGUAUGAGUACAGAGUGUUUGCAGAGAACUCUGCUGGCCUCAGUGCUCCCAGCAUCCCUUGCCCACUUACCAAGGCUGAAGACCCACAGUUCCUGCCUUCACCUCCUGCUAAACCUAAGAUCAUUGACUCUACAAAGACCACAAUCACCCUGUCAUGGAACAAGCCACUAUUUGAUGGUGGAGCACCUGUGACUGGUUAUAGAGUAGAAUACAGGAAGACUUUAGAUGAUGAAUGGAUUGUUGGAGUCCAGAACACCAAGAACACAGAGUUUACAGUGGUAAAAUUGACACCUGGGGCUGAAUAUGUCUUUGUUGUCAAGUCCAUUAACAAGAUUGGAGUCAGUGAACCCAGUGUUGAGACAGACAAACAAGUUGCCAAAGAAAGAGAAGAGGAGCCAUUCUUUGACAUUAGCAAUGAGAUGAGGAAGACUCUUAUUGUGAAAGAUGGUAGCUCAUUCACCAUGACAGUGCCCUUCAGAGGCAAACCUAUCCCCACUGUUUCAUGGACUAAGCCUGAUGUUGACCUUCGAGUUCGUGCUGCCAUUGACACCACAGACACCUUCACCUCCAUCACCUUAGAGAAAGCAACUCGCAACGACUCUGGCAAAUACACCAUCACCUUGUCCAACGUAUCUGGAACCUCCUCUUUGACACUUAAUGUCAGAGUUCUGGACUCCCCCGGAGCUCCUGCCAAUGUGGAGGUCAAGGACGUGACCAAGACCUCUGCUACUGUAACCUGGGAUACUCCUGAGAAUGAGGGAGGAGGACCAGUGAAGAACUACCUUGUUGAUAUCCGUGAGGCCAGCAAGAAAGGAUGGACCAGGUUGACUGACACAUGCCACAGACUGACCUACAAGGUGACAGACCUGCCGGAGGGAGAAGUCUUCUACUUCAGAGUGACUGGCGAGAAUGAGUAUGGGGUUGGUGUUCCUGCUGAGACCAAAGAGGGAACCAAGAUCACAGAAAAACCAAGCCCACCACCAAAGCUGGGUGUGACUGAUGUGACCAAGGAGAGUGUAACCCUGGCCUGGGCCAAACCAGAACAAGAUGGAGGCAGCAGAAUUACUGGCUACCUGGUAGAAGCUCUGGAGAAAGGCCAGGAGAAGUGGGUUAAGUGUGGUGUAACCAAGUCCAUCCACUUAACAGUUUCUGGUCUGAGGGAGAAUGCUGAGUACUUCUUCAGAGUCAGAGCUGAAAAUCAUGCUGGAUUCAGUGAUACUAAGGAAAUGUUGACCCCUGUAGUGGUCAAAGACCAACUUGAAUCUCCUGAGAUCAUCAUGAAGGACUUCCCCCACAACACAGUAUAUGUCAGAGCUGGCUCCAACCUCAAGUGUGAGAUCCCACUGACAGGCCGGCCUUUGCCUAAAGUCAGCCUGUCCAAGGAUAAUGUUCUGCUCAAGUCAACAAUGAGGUUCAACUCUGAAGUCACCCCUGACAGCAUCAAGAUCACUUUGCGUGAGAGCAUUGCUGCAGACUCAGGACGCUACGAUAUUACUGCCUCCAACUCCAUUGGAACCACCAAGUCUUUUGUAAACAUUGUGGUUCUGGACCGCCCCAGUGCCCCAGUAGGACCUGUGGAGCUAUUUGACGUCACAGAAGAAAGUGUGAGCCUGAAGUGGCUCCCACCAGCAUAUGAUGGUGGCAGCCCCAUCACCAACUACAUCAUCCAGAAGAGAGAGACAACAACAGCCAACUGGAUGGAUGUCUCUUCUGCUGUGGCCCGCUGCACCAUGAAGAUCAUGAAGCUAACCACUGGCCUGGAGUACCAGUUCAGAAUCAGGGCUGAGAACAGAUAUGGAAUCAGCGAGCACAUUGACUCACCAACUGUCACUGUCAGCCUUCCUUACACUAUUCCUGAUGCUCCAUUGACUCCAGAGAUCACUGCAGUAACCAGGGAGACCAUCACUGUUGCCUGGAAGGAGCCAAAGUCAGAUGGUGGCAGCCAUGUGUUUGGCUACCAUCUCCAGAUGAAAGACAGGAACAGCAUUCUUUGGCAGAGAGUGAACAAAAUGGUGAUCCGUGCUACGCACUUCAAGGUCACCAACAUCAAUGCUGGACUUAUUUAUGAGUUCAAGGUGGCAGCAGAGAACGCUGCUGGAAUCAGUGCCUUCAGCAAGGUUUCUGAUGCAGUGCUUGCUAUUGAUGCCUGUGAGCCACCCAUCAACUUGCGCAUCAGUGACAUCACCAAGAACUCCAUUAGCCUUGCCUGGCAGAAGCCCAACUAUGAUGGCGGAUCUCCAAUCACUGGCUACAUCAUUGAGAAGAAAGAAGGUAUUAAUGCUCGAUGGUCCAAGGCUAACCUCACCAAUGUCACAGACACCCGCUACACUGUGACUGGCCUUACCCAGGAUGAGACAUAUGAGUUUAGAGUCAUGGCCAAGAAUGCUGUUGGCUCAGUGAGCAACCCAUCCACAACUGCUGGACCAGCUACAUGUGUCGACACCUAUGGUGCCCCAGAGAUUGAAAUACCACAGGAGUAUCUCAACGAGGUCAAGUACAGGGCUGAGUCUAAUGUGGAGCUCAAAUUUAAUAUCACAGCCAAACCUGCUCCCACUAUCGAGUGGUUCAAGGAUGGCAGAGAGCUUAAGCCCAGUGCCCAGCUCUCUUUCAAACACACAUUUGAGUCCACCAGUUUGUUCCUGAGGGAAACCACUCGUCUGAACUCUGGAACAUAUGAAGUCAAGGUUAAGAACUCCCUGGGAUCUGCGUGCGCCAUUGUCAGGCUGCUCAUUCAAGACAAGCCAGGACCCCCUGAUGGAGAGAUUCAGUUUAAGAAAGUUACAGCUGACAACAUCACCAUCAUGUGGUCUCCACCUGCUGAUGAGGGCGGUGCUAUGGUAACACAUUACAUUGUGGAAAAGAGGGAGACCAGCAGGGUCAUGUGGUCCAUUGUCUCAGAGAAACUGGUAGACUGCAUAGUAAACGUGCCCAGACUCAUCCAGGGCAAUGAGUACAUCUUCAGAGUCCGUGGAAUCAACAAAUACGGCAUUGGAGACCCACUAGAGUCUGAGCCUGUAGUUGCCAAGAACGCAUUUGUACCUCCAAGUGAGCCAUCCAAGCCUAAAGUGACCAUGAUCACAAAGUCCACUAUGACAGUGAUCUGGGAAAGACCAGCAUUGGAUGGAGGCAGCGACAUUGAUGGCUACUACCUGGAGAAGAGGGAGAAGAAGAGUCUGCAAUGGUUUAAGGUGGUGAAGGGCACUAUCAGAGAUACCAGGCAGAAAGUCACCAGCCUGGUGGAGAACAACGAGUACCAGUACAGAGUUUGUGCUGUUAACAAAGCUGGAGCAGGAAACUACUCUGAGUCUUCUGACCUCUACAAGGCCUACGACCCUAUCGAUCUGCCUGGUGAGCCAUCCAAGCUGCGUGUGGUUGACUCCACAAAGACCUCCAUCACCCUUGGCUGGGAGAAGCCUGUCUAUGAUGGUGGCAGUGAAAUUACACACUACAUUUUGGACCAGAUGAACACAGAGGAAAGAGAUUGGGUUACUAUUAACCCACAGGUUAAGGCCUGUGAGUAUGUGGUGUCCCACCUGAAACCUGGAACCUACUACUUCUUCAGAGUCUCCGCUGUCAACUGCAAGGGUAAAGGAGAAGACAUCAAAAUGUACCAGCCUGUGCAAGCCAAAGAUAUCUUGGAGGAGGCCGAUUUGGACUUGGAUGUACCCAUGACAACCCAGUACACAGCCAAGGCUGGCCGUGAUGUUGAAGUGUUUAUUCCCCUGAAGGGACGCCCUGCCCCCAAUGUCACCUGGCGCCGUGGUGACCGCAACAUGACCGGUGACAACCGCUACACCAUUAACAGCACUGAGCGAGCAACAACACUCCUCAUCCCCAAGGUCACCCGCGACGACCGCGGCAAGUACCUGCUGGAAAUUGAGAAUGGCGUAGGAGAACCCAAGAUAAUCACAGUUUCUCUAAAGGUUCUGGACAGUCCAGCCACCUGCCAGAAAUUGAUGAUUAAGAACGUGACAAGAGGAAAGCUGACACUGAGUUGGGAGGCUCCUCUUAUUGAGGGUGGUUCCCCUGUCACUAAUUACAUUGUUGAGAAGAAGGCCUCCACCAUGAAGGCUUACCAGAUGAUCACCGCCGAGUGUGCCAGCACAACUUACAAGGUUUCAGGCCUGGAGGAAGAUACAGCUUACUUCUUCCGUGUGUCUGCUGAAAACGAGUAUGGUGUGGGCGACACUUGCGAAACCACUGAGCCUGUCAGAGCCACAGAAACCCCAGGAGCUGUUAAAGACCUGGUAAUGGUGGACUCUACAAAAACCUCUGUUACCCUGCAGUGGACAAGACCUGACCACGAUGGUGGCAGCUACAUCACUGAAUACAUAAUUGAGAAGAGAACCAAGGAAGAUCCCACCUGGACUUUGGGUGCGACAUGCAAACGCUGCAGCUGCGAGGUGACAGGACUCAAGGAGAACGCUGUCAUGGACUUCAGAGUGUUUGCCAAGAAUGAGAAGGGCAAUAGUGACUUCUCUCAGAUUGGUCCGAUCACUGUCAUGGACUUCCUCAUUCCACCUGAGGCCAACCUUGUUGACUACCCCAAUGGAGAGCUUGCUGUUCGUAUUGGUCAGAACAUCCACAUCGAGUUGCCUUUCAAGGGUAAACCAAAACCUGCAAUCAGCUGGCUAAAGGAUAACUUGCCUCUGAAGGAAAGUGAGAAGGUUCGCUUCAGGACCACUGACAACAAGACUGCAGUCACAGUCAGAGGAGCCAAGAAGGAACAUGCUGGCCAAUACACCUUGGUUCUGGACAACAGAGUUGUCAAGAACUACUUUGACAUUAAUGUGAUAACGCUGGGACCUCCCUCAGUGCCUGUUGGUCCCAUCCGCUUCGAUGAGAUUAAAGCCCAGAGUAUCAUCAUCUCCUGGGAUCAGCCAAAGGAAGAUGGAGGUGGUGAGAUCACCUGCUACAGCGUGGAGAAGCGUGAGAUCUCCCAGGCCAACUGGAAGAUGGUCUGCUCUAGUGUUGUCAGGACCACCUUUAAGAUUGCCAACCUGGUCAAGGGAACUCAUUACCAGUUCAGAGUCCGGGCAGAGAACAAAUAUGGAGUCAGUGAACCACUCAUCUCCCCAGAAAUUGUUGCCCAGCACCAGUACAAACCUCCAGGCCCUCCAGGAAAGCCAGUGGCCUUCAAUGUCACUAGUGAUGGUAUGACCAUUAGGUGGGAGGCCCCAGGUUUCGAUGGAGGAUCCCCGAUUUUGGGUUAUCAUGUUGAGAAGAAGGACAGGAACAGCCUCAUGUGGCAGAAGGUGAACUCCACCAUUAUUUCCAACAAAGAGUACAGGAUCAUUGGUCUCAUUGAGGGUUUGGAGUACUCCUUUAGAGUCUACGCUGAGAACAACGCUGGACUCAGUCCUGUUAGUGAACAGAGCAAACAUGCGCUCGCUAUCUCCCCUGUUGAUCCACCUGGCAACCCUGUCUGUAUCGAUGUGACCAGAGACUCAGUCACCCUGCAGUGGGACAUCCCCAAGAGAGACGGAGGCAGCAAAAUUGUGGCCUACAGUGUGGAGAGGCGCCAAGGUAGAGGCAAAUGGCUGCGGUGCAACUUCACUGAUAUCAGCGAGACCAGGUUCACCGUGACCGGUCUGUCAGCUGGAGACAGAUUCGAGUUUAGAGUGAUUGCCAGGAAUGCUGUGGGCACAGUCAGUCCACCAUCUAACUCCUCUGGAUACAUUAUGACCAAGGAUGAAAGCAUUGCACCCGAGAUCGAGUGGUCUCCAGACCAGGUGCUCACCUUGAGGGCUGGAGAGAACGUUAAGCUCGGCUGCACCAUCACAGGACGUCCCGUCCCCCAGGUUAUCUGGUACAAAGAUGGCAGAGAGAUUGACAAGAGGAUCAUGAUUGACAUUGAGAUUGCCACCAGCAUUGGCGCCAGCAGUCUUUUUAUCCGUGACGCUGAUAGGAACCACCGUGGAAUCUACACUGUAGAGGCCAAGAACAGCUCUGGUACCAAGAAAGCUGAUGUCAAUGUCAGAGUACAAGAUACCCCAGGACCUGUCGAGGGUCCCAUCCGUUUCACCGGCAUCACGGCUGAGAAGUGCACCGUGUGGUGGAACCCACCAGAGAACGACGGCUGUGCCGCCAUCACCCACUAUGUGGUGGAGAAGAGGGAGACAUCCAGGAUCUCCUGGGCCUUGGUCACCUCCAAAUGUGAAGCAUGUUCUUACAAUGCCACCAACCUCAUCAAGGGCAAUGAGUACCAGUUCAGAAUCUCUGCUGUCAACAAGUUUGGUGUCGGCAAACCACUGGACUCUGAUCCUAUCAUCGCACAGAUGCAAUACACUGUGCCUGAUGCCCCUGGCACCCCAGACGCUACCCAUGUGACUGGAAACAGCAUCACUAUGUGCUGGACCAGGCCAAGGUCAGAUGGAGGAAACGAGAUCAAACAAUACAUCCUGGAGAGAAGAGAGAAAAAGAGCCUGCGUUGGGUGAAGGUUUCCUCCAAGAGGUCCAUCACGGAGCUAAGACACCGUGUCACAAACCUCACUGAGGGCAACGAGUAUGAAUUCCGAGUCAUGGCUGAAAAUGGUGCUGGUGUCGGACCAGCCAGCAGUACCUCCAGGCUCUUCAAAUGCAGAGAGCCAACCAGUGCUCCUAGUGCCCCCACAUUAAUCAAGGUCACUGACUCCACCAAGUCCUCAGUCAGCCUGGAAUGGACCAAGCCUGUCUUCGAUGGUGGCAUGGAAAUCAUUGGCUAUAAUAUCGAUAUGUGUAAGGCCAGUCUUGAGGAAUGGCACAGAGUCAACAGCCAGAUUUGCAUCCACACCAGGUAUACUGCCAAGGGUCUGGUGCCUGGAGAGCUCUAUAAGUUCAGGGUCAGUGCUGUGAAUGGAUCUGGAGAGGGCGAAGCCUCAGUGAUGCCCAACGCUGUUCAGGCUCUGGACAGACUUAGAUCUCCUGAGAUCGACAUUGAUGCCAAUUUCAAGCAGACUCACAUUGUAAAGAAUGGCGGUACUGUCACCCUUCACAUUGCCUUCCGUGGCAAACCAGCUCCUCUUGCCACCUGGUCUAAAGUAGAUGGUGACCUGCCUGUCAUGGGCGAUAUCAAUACCACAGAUUCCUCCUCUACUUUGACCAUUGAGGGUUGUACUAGGUACGAAGCUGGCAAAUACACCCUGUCCCUGGAGAACAACAGCGGCCGCAAGUCCAUCACAUUCACUGUCAAAGUGCUGGACACACCCGGACCUCCAGGAGCCAUCAGUUUCAAAGACGUUACCCGUGGAGCCUUGACAAUGAUGUGGGAUGCCCCUACCAAUGAUGGCGGAUCCAGAAUCCAUCACUACCUUGUAGAUAAGCGUGAGGCCAGCCGCCUGGCUUGGCAGGAGGUCAGCACCAAGUGCUCUCGCCAGAUGAUCAGGGUAAUUGGUCUGGAUAUUGGUGUGCAAUAUCUAUUCAGAGUGACUGCAGUUAACCAGUACGGCCAAGGGGAACCUCACGAGAUGACAGAGCCCAUCAUUGCCACAGAAGAACCUGCACCACCCAAGAGACUUGAUGUUGUCGACACCACCAACUGCACAGCCUCCUUGGUGUGGCUGAAACCGGAGCAUGAUGGAGGUAGCCGCGUCAGAGGCUACAUUGUUGAAUUCAGAGCUAAAGGCACUGAUCGCUGGGUUCUUGGCGGAGAGACAAAGUCACAGAAGAUGCUGGUGGAAGGUCUGCUUGAAAACACAGAGUAUGACUUCAGAGUCAAGGCCAAGAACGAUGCUGGAAUCAGUGAGCCGCAGGGCACCUUUAGUUCUGUGGUCAUUAAGGAGCCUCGCAUCGAACCAACUGCUGACCUCAGCAGCAUCACCAACCAGCUUAUCACCUGCAAGCUCUCCAACACCUUCACAAUCGACAUCCCCAUCAGUGGCAGGCCUGCACCCAAAGUCACCUGGAAGCUGGAGGAGAUGAAGCUGAAGGAGACUGACAGAGUCAUAAUAAGAACCACAAAGGAGAGAACCACUCUGUUGGUGAGAGACAGCAAGAGAAGUGACAGUGGCAAAUACUACCUGAUCCUUGAGAAUGCUGCUGGUGUGAAGACGUUCACAGUGACAGUACUUGUGGUUGGCAGACCAAAUCCACCUACAGGCCCUGUGGAGAUUUCUGGAGUCUCCUCAGAGACCUGCAACCUCGCCUGGUCAGAGCCAGCUGAUGAUGGCGGCUCUGAUAUCACCAACUACAUUGUGGAAAAACGAGAAGCUGGCUCUGCCUCCUGGCAAGUGGUUAACUCCAGUGUGAAGAGAACCACCAUUAAAGUGACUCAUCUCACCAAGUAUAUGGAGUACACCUUCAGAGUGUGCGCUGAGAACAAGUUUGGAGUCAGCAAGUCCAUUGAGUCUGCUCCUGUUGUCAUUGAGCAUCCAUAUGUUCCUCCAAGUCCCCCAAGUCGUCCAGAUGUGGUAUCCGUGUCUGCCAACGCCAUCAGUAUCAAAUGGGACCUGCCAUAUGCUGAUGGUGGCAGCCAGGUGACAGGCUACUGGAUCGAGAAGAAGGAGAGGAACACAAUCCUUUGGGUGAGGGAGAACAAGCUACCCUGCCUGGAGUGCCAUUACAAGGUGUCCAACCUGAUUGAGGGCCUGGAGUACCAGUUCAGGGUAUAUGCCAUGAACAUCGCUGGACUCAGCAAGGCUAGCGAGGCCUCCAGACCUGUGCUGGCACUGAAUCCUGUUGAUCCUCCUGGUAAACCCGAGGUGACUGAUAUCACCCGCUCCUCUGUGUCGUUGUGCUGGACCGUGCCAUUAAAUGACGGUGGCAGCAAGAUCAUUGGUUACGUGGUGGAGAGGAAAGUGUACAGCACGGAUGAGUGGGACGACAACCGCUGGCUCAAGUGCAAUUACACCACCAUCACCGAGAACUACUUCACUGUCACCAACUUGGGAGAAGGAGAGACCUUUGAGUACCACAUCCUCGCUAAGAAUGCUGCCGGCGUCCACAGUGCACCCUCUGAGUCCACUGGACCAGUCACAUGCAAGGAUGAGUACUCUCCUCCCAAAGCUGAGCUGGACAGCAAGCUUGUCGGUGAGACUGUCACUGUCACGGCUGGCUCUGACCUUGUCUUGGACGGUGCUGUGGGUGGUAAACCAGAACCCACAGUGUACUGGUCGAAGGGAGAAAAGAUUUUGGAGCUCGGAGAGAAAUACUCUUUGACCUACACCGCAACCAGAGCCAUGGCCAUCAUCAAGAGCUGUGACAGAUAUGACACGGGCAGAUACAUCCUGACCGUCAAGAAUGCCAGCGGAAUCAAGACUGCCGCUGUGAACGUCAAAGUUCUCGACACUCCUGGAGCUCCAGCUGAUAAGAUUGUGAUCAGCAGAGUGACAGAAGAGAAGUGUACAGUGUCCUGGAAGAUUCCUCUGGAGGAUGGUGGAGACACCGUCACCCAUUAUAUCGUGGAGCGUCGUGAGACCAGCCGACUCAACUGGGUCAUCAUGGAGACCGAGUGCAAGUCACUGUCAUGUGUCAGCUCCAGGCUGAUCAAGAACAACGAGUAUAUCUUCAGAGUCAGAGGGGUCAACAAGUUCGGGCCUGGAGUUCCACUGGAAUCCGAACCCGUCAUUGCCAGGAAUGCCUAUACCAUCACAUCCCAGCCGGGCACUCCAGAGGCUACAACUGUGGGCAAGGAGCAUGUCAUCAUCGAAUGGCUUAAACCUGAGAGUGAUGGAGGCAGCGAGAUCAAAAACUACAUAGUGGAUAAACGAGAGAAGAGCAGCACCAGGUGGACCCGGGUGAAUAAGACUUACACCAUCUAUGACACCCGUCUGAAGAUCACAGGCCUGCUGGAAGGAAGCGAGUACCAGUUCAGAGUGACAGCUGUCAACGCUGCUGGAUACAGCCAGCCCAGCGACGCCUCACCGUACAUCCUCUGCAAAGACCCCACAUAUACCCCAGCUCCUCCAUCAAUGCCUCGCAUCACUGACACAACCAAACACAGCAUCAGUAUGACCUGGACCAGGCCCAUGUACGAUGGCGGCUCAGACGUCACCGGCUACGUGGUGGAGAUCCUUGAGGGGGACACAGAGCACUGGUACCGUGCCACCGCCAAGCCUCUCAAGACCAACGAGUAUGUGGCCGCCGGCCUGGCAGCCACUAAGACGUACAGGUUCAGGGUAGCUGCCAUCAACUGCAACGGCACCGGAGAGUUCAGUGAACCUAGCGCUGAGAUCGAGCCACUGGAGAGAAUUGAAAUGCCUGACCUGGAGCUGGCUGACGACCUGAAGAAAACGGUGUGUCUACGUGCCGGAGGAACUCUUCGCCUGAUGGUAUUUGUCACCGGCCGGCCGGCACCAGUAGUGGCUUGGAGGAAGACUGGCGUGGAGCUGCAGAGCCGUGGCUACAUUGAGACCACAGAUAGCUACACCUCGCUGAUGGUGGAGAAAGUCAAUCGCUACGACUCUGGAAAAUACAUUGUGGAGGCAGAGAACCCAUCGGGAAAGAAGACUGCCACCAUCCUGGUUAAAAUCUACGACACUCCUGGCCCUCCAGGUUCUGUAAAGGUGAAGGACUACACCAAAGAGUCCGUUGUGAUCACUUGGGACAUCCCAAGCAUCGAUGGUGGCGCCCACGUCAGCAACUACAUCAUAGAGAAGCGUGACGCCAACAUGAAGUCUUACAAGACUGUCACCACUGAGUGUAGGAAGACCCUGUUCAGGAUCACCGGUCUGGAGGAGGGAGUGUACUACCACUUCAGAGUCCUUCCAGAGAACAUUUAUGGCAUCGGUGAGCCUUGUGAGACAGCCGAGCCCGUGCUGGUAUGCGAGGUGCCGUCUGUACCUCUGAACCUCCAGGUUGUCGAUGUCACCAAGUCCACUGUCACGCUGCAUUGGGAGAAGCCACUGCACGAUGGCGGCAGCAGGUUGGCGGGCUACACCAUCGAGGCCUGCAAAGUUGGCUCGGACAGGUGGAGUGUGGUGGCAUCAGUCAAGUCCUCAGUGACCAAGUACACCAUCCAGUCCCUGACAGAGAACGACCAGUACCUGUUCAGACUCCGAGCCACAAACAGCAGGGGAGCCAGCGAGCCCAUGGACACUGUUACUCCUGUCACUAUCCAGGACAUCAAGGUGAUGCCCAAGAUCGACAUGACCAACAUCCCUCAGAAGAUUGUCCAUGUGCACCGUGGCAAACCAAUCGACCUCAACAUCCCCAUAAAGGCCAAACCGCAGCCUGUCUGCACCUGGUCCUUCGGUGGCGUCAAACUGAAGGACAGCCUGGACCGCAUCAAGAUCGACAGCAAUGGCAAAUACACCCACCUUGUCAUUCGUGAGACCACCAUCAACGACACAGGAGACUACUCACUUGAGGUGAAGAAUGUUGUUGGCGUCGCAACCGAGGUCAUCAAGGUCAUCAUCCUUGACAAACCUGGCAUCCCAGUCGGUCCAAUGAAGAUUGAGGAUACUGACGGCGUGUCUGUGUCAGUCAGCUGGGAACCUCCAGAGAAGGACGGUGGUGCCAAUGUCAGCGGCUACGUGGUGGAGCAGCGCGAUGCCCACCGGCCAGGCUGGAGCACUGUGUCCGAGUCAGUGACCCGACCCUGCUUCAAGUUUACCAGACUCUCAGAGGGAACCGAAUAUGUGUUCCGCGUUGCUGCUAUGAAUCGCUUUGGUGUUGGCGGCUUCCUGCAGUCCGAAGUGGUGGAAUGCAAGAGCCCCAAGACCAUCCCUGGACCUCCAAGCAGACCAGAGGUUCUCGAUGUCACCCACGAGGGCAUGACCCUGACCUGGCAACCACCCGAGGACAAUGGUGGAUCCACCAUUGCUGGCUACAUCAUCGAACGUAAAGAGGCCCACUCUGACAGGUGGAUGAGGAUCAACAAGAAUACUGUCACCAUGACCAGGUACCGCUCCUCCGGCCUGAUAGAGAGUCUGGAGUAUGAACACCGUGUCACUGCCAUCAACUCCAGAGGAGCCGGCAAACCCAGCGAGAGCUCCGCCAUCACCAUCGCCAUGGAUCCCAUCGAGCCUCCAGGUCCUCCAGCUCAGCCCAGAGUCACUGACACCACCAGAACUUCAGUCUCUCUUGCCUGGCUGCCGCCUGAAGAGGAGGGUGGUUCUGUCAUUACUGGUUACUUGAUCGAGAUGCAGAAGGUGGACCAGGUGGAAUGGACAUUGUGCAACACCACACCCACCAAGAUGUGCGAGUACAUUCUCACCCACAUGCCCCAGGGUGCCGAGUACAAGUUUAGGGUCAGAGCCUGCAACGCUGGCGGUUCUGGAGAGCCCGCUGAAAUUACCGGAGUGGUUAAAGUCCAGGAAAUGCUUGAUUAUCCCGACUACGAGCUUGAUCGUAAAUACGAGGAGGGCUACGUGGUGCGGCAGGGCGGAGUCAUCCGUCUGUCUGUACCCAUUAAGGGAAAACCCAUCCCUACAUGCAAGUGGACCAAAGAUGGUCGUGACAUUUCCCACCGGGCCAUGAUUGCCACCUAUGAUGACAUCACUGAGCUGGUCAUCAAAGAGGCACACAAAGACGACACCGGUACCUACGACCUGGUGCUGGAAAACAAAUGUGGCAGGAAGGCUGUGUACAUCAAGGUGAAGGUGAUCGGUCGCCCUGAUGUCCCAGAAGGGCCUCUGGAGUUUGACGAUAUUCAGGCCAGAUCAGUCCGGGUCAGCUGGCGGCCACCAUCAGAUGAUGGUGGUUCCGACAUUCUAGGAUACAUUGUGGAAAGGCGGGAGGUACCCAAGGCUGCCUGGUGUACAGUGGAUUCCAGGGUAAUCGAGAACUCUCUGGUGGUGAAGGGCCUGAAGGAGAAUGUGGAGUACCACUUCAAGGUCUCUGCCGAGAACCAGUUCGGUAUCAGCAGAUCUCUCAAGUCCGAAGAGUCUGUAAUGCCAAAGACACCUCUUUGCCCACCAGAACCUCCCAGCAACCCACCAGAGAUCAUGGACGUUGCCAAGUCUUCAGUGUCUCUGUCCUGGGCCCGCCCCCGGGAUGAUGGAGGCUCCCGCGUCACAGGAUACUACGUGGAAAGGAGGGAGAUUUCUACAGAGAAGUGGGUCCGCCACAACAAGACCCAUAUCACCACCACCAUGUACAAUGUCACUGGUCUCAUCCCCGAUGCAGAGUACAUGUUCAGAGUGGUUGCUCAGAACGACAUUGGGCAGAGUGAGCCUGGUCCUGCUUCAGAGCCUGUGGUCUGCAAAGAUCCAUUUGACAAACCCAGCCAACCAGGCGAGAUUGACAUCAUCUCUGUCACCAAGGACUGCAUCACCAUCCACUGGCUCAGGCCCGAGCAUGAUGGUGGCAAGGAGAUUCUGGGCUACUGGAUUGAGUUUAGGGAGGCUGGAGAGAGUGCCUGGAAGAAAUGCAACAAGGAGCGCUCCAAGGAUCGUCAGUUCACCAUGGGCGGCUUGAUGGAAGCCACCGAGUAUGAGUUCAGAAUCUUUGCUGAGAAUGAGACUGGAUUCAGCCGACCUCGACGCACGCCCAUGGGUAUCAAGACCAAACUGAGCGUUGGUGAGGCUCCAGCUUUGAAGGAAGAGAUCCAGGAUGUAACCACCAAGCUUGGCGAGUCCGGUACUCUGACCUGUGGCAUCAUCGGCAGACCUCUACCUGAGAUCAAGUGGUACCGCUACGGCAAGGAACUGAUCCAAAGCCGCAAGUAUAAGAUGAGCUCAGAUGGCCGCGACCACUCCCUCAGCAUCCUGACAGACGAGCAGGAAGACGAGGGCCUGUACACUUGCAGGGCCAUCAAUGAGGCCGGUGAGAUCGAGACCAGUGGCAAACUGCGUCUGCAGGCAGCGCCCCAGUUCCACCCAGGCUUCCCUCUGAAGGAGAAGUACUUUGCUGGGGCCGGCACCAGCCUCCGUCUCCAUGUUGUGUACAUUGGGCGUCCCAUCCCCCAGAUCAUGUGGUUCUAUGGCAAGAAGCCUCUGAAUGUAUCAGAAAAUGUGAUUAUUGAAAACACUGAAAGCUACACCCACCUGGUGGUGAGGAACGUCCAGAGGAAGACCAAUGCCGGCCGCUACAAGGUGCAGCUCAGCAAUGUGUAUGGAACCAUCGACACUGUGCUGCGUGUUGAAAUCCAAGAUAAACCAUGCAUACCUGAGGGCCCUGUUGUUGUUGAUGCUUUGCUGAAGAGCUCAGUUGUCAUCAGCUGGAAGGUUCCCAAGGAUGACGGCGGCUCCAUGAUCACGAACUACAUUGUGGAGAAGCGUGAGGCCAAGGAAGGAGAGCAGUGGCACCUGGUGUCUUCCUCUGUUUCUGGCACCAACUGCCGUGUCCCCAAUCUGAUAGAGAACGCCGGCUACUACUUCAGAGUCUCUGCCCAGAACCAGUAUGGAGUCAGCGAGCCUCUGGAGAUCCCAUCAGUGGUGAUCAUCAAGAGUCCAUUCGAAAAACCUGGCAUCCCACAGCAACCCUUCAUCAUCAGCUCUACCAAGAACUCCUGUGUCGUCUGCUGGAAGCCUCCAAGCAGCGACGGUGGAGCUAAAAUCACCAACUACUACCUGGAGAAACGUGAAAAGAAGCAGAACAAGUGGAUGUCAGUAACCAGUAAGAAGGUUGUUGAGACCAACUUCGAGGUCACAGGCUUGAUCGAGGGCUUUGAGUAUGAGUUCCGUGUCAAGUGUGAGAACAUGGGCGGUGAGAGUGACUGGAGUGAGAUCUCUGCACCGAUCAUCCCCAAGUCCGACCAGGCUCCUCGUGCUCCUGCGUUCAGGGAGGAGAUCAGGGACAUGACCGUCAAAUAUCAUGCCAAUGCCACCUUUGUCACUAAGGUGGUGGGAUAUCCCAAGCCUGUGGUGAAAUGGUACCGCAGUGGAAAGGAGAUCCUGGCAGAUGGAACCAAGAUCAAAGCCCAGGAGUUCAAGGGAGGCUACUACCAGCUGGUCAUCACUACUGCUGAUGAGAACGAUGCCACAGUUUACCAAGUCAGAGCAACCAACUCCUCAGGAUCCAUCUCUACAACAGCCAACCUGGAUGUGGAAGUUCCUGCUAAGAUCCACCUGCCCAAAGAGCUCCAGGGAAUGGGAGCAGUCCAUGCUGUCCGUGGUGAUCACAUAACCAUCAAGAUCCCUAUCUCUGGCAAGCCUGAGCCAGCAAUCGUUUGGCAGAAGGGUCAGGAGAUCCUCUCCAAUUCUCCUUAUCACCAGGUCAUCACCACCAGGUCUUUCACCUCCUUGGUCUUCCAGAAGGGAGUGCAGAAGAAGGAUACUGGCUACUACAUUAUAACUGCAAAGAACAGGUUCGGAACAGACAAGCAAACCAUUGAGGUUAACGUGGCUGACAUACCUGAAGCUCCAAAAAAUCUUGUUGUCAGCGACAUUGGUCGGGACUCCAUCACCUUGACCUGGGAACCCCCUGCCAAUGAUGGUGGAAGUGACAUCACUAGUUACAUUGUGGAGAAGUGUCCCACCACUGCUGAUAGAUGGAUCCGUGCUGGACAGACCACAGACUGCAGCAUCAACAUCAUCAACAUAUUCGGAAAGACUAAGUACCAGUUCCGCGUCAUCGCUGAAAAUCAGUAUGGAUUGAGCCCUCCAUCUCAACCAACUGAGCCCAUCACCACAAAGGAAGACAAGUCUGUGAUUAGGAACUAUGAUGAGGAAGUGGACGAAAGCAGAGAGGUAACCAAGGAGGAGGCUCUGUUCUACAAGGUGAAGGAGCUGUCUACCAAGUACACCAUCUCUGAGGAACUUGCUCGUUGCCAGUUUGGAGUAGUCCACCGCUGUGUGGAGAUUGCCACAAAGAAGACCUUCAUGGCCAAGUUUAUCAAGGUCAAAGGAACUGACCGUGAGUUGGUUCUUAGGGAAAUUGAGGCCCUCAACGUAGCAAGGCACAUGAACAUAAUCUACCUACAUGAAUACUUUGAAAGCAUGGAAGAGAUCAUCCUGAUCUUUGAAUUCAUUUCUGGAGUUGACAUCUUUGAACGCCUUGGCACCUGCAACUUCGAGCUCACAGAGCAGGAGAUUGUUCGCUACCUGAGACAAGUCUGCUCUGCCCUCAAGUUCAUGCAUAGCCACAACUUCGGCCACUUUGAUAUCCGCCCAGACAACAUUGUCUACACCACAAGGAGAAGCACCACCAUAAGGAUUAUUGAGAUGGGCCAGGCUAGGCUGCUGGUGCCAGGAGAAAACAUCAGAAUGCUGUUCACAGCUCCAGAGUACUGCGCCCCUGAGAUCCACCGUCACGACCUGGUCACAACAGCCACUGAUAUGUGGUCUGUUGGUGUAAUGGCCUAUGUUCUGCUCAGUGGCCUAAAUCCAUUUGCGGCAGAGUCCGUUACAAAGAUGAUUGAGAACAUCUCCAACUGUGAGUACGUCUUUGACAGUGAAGCGUUUAAGGACAUCAGCCUGGAGGCUAUGGACUUUGUGGACAGACUUCUAGUCAAAGACAGGAAGCUCCGUAUGACAGCCCAUGAGGCUCUGGAACACCCAUGGCUCAAGAUGAAGAUUGAAUAUGUCAGCAACAAGAUCAUUAAGACACUGAGACACAGAAGGUACUAUCAGAGUCUGGUGAAGAGGACAGACACCAUUGUAUCAGCAGCUCGUGUGGCCUAUGGCGGCGCCUUCAGGAACCAGAGAGGACUGGCUGUGGGUAAAGUGAAGAUUGGAACUGAGUACCAUGGCCUCCGCACUGGUCCAGUCAUGCAUGGCUCAGCUGAGGAAGGUGGCCAUGUCAGAUUCACUUGUAGCAUCACCAACUAUGACAAAAGCACACAGGUGUCGUGGUACUUUGGUAACCGUCAGCUACACCCAAGUCCCAAGUAUGAAAUCUCUUACAGUAAUGGCUUUGCCAGCAUCUAUGUAAAGGACAUUGAAGAGAGUGAUGAUGGAGUGUACAGAUGCAAGGUGGUAAGUGAUGAUGGAGAGGACAGUGCUUAUGGCGAGCUCUUUGUUGAGACAGUGAGGAGCAUCAGAGAGCACUAUAUUAGCCGGUCCAUUAAGAAACUGAGGAGGAGAGUCGACAAGACUAAACUCCUGCAGAGACCCCCAGAGUUUACUUUGCCUCUGUACAACCGCACUGCCUACAUUGGAGAAGAUGUGCGUUUCGGUGUCACUAUUACAGUGCACCCAGAGCCUCAUGUAACAUGGCUCAAGAAUGGUGAGAGAAUCAAGCCAGGGGAUGAUGAUCACAAGUACACAUUCACCAGUGAUAAGGGUCUGUACCAGCUGAUGAUCCACAACCUGGACAUGAGUGAUGAUGCUGAAUACACCGUCAUGGCCCACAACAAGUUUGGAGAAGACAGCUGCAAGGCCCGUCUCACUGUGACACCUCAUCCUGUGAUGGAGGAAACUAUGAGGCCAAUGUUCAAACGUCUGCUGGCUAAUGUUGAGUGUGUAGAAGGACAUAGUGUCCGCUUCGAGCUCAGGGUCUCAGGAAUCCCAGCUCCUACUCUAAAAUGGGAGAAGGAUGGCCGUGCAUUACAGUUUGGCCCCAAGGUUGUUGUCAUACAGGAAGACGCUGAGUACCAUGUCCUGCACAUAAGAGAGACUCUGCUUGAGGACUCCGGUGUGUACAAGGUUACUGCAACCAACUGUGCUGGCUCUGCAACCUGCCAGGCUACAUUGAAGGUGGAUCGCCUUACUUACACCAGGAGAGAGUACAAGAGCGAGGAGGAGAAAUACAGACACAUCCAGAAACAAAUUGAAAAGACGAACAAGAUGGCUCAGCAAAUUGUUGCCACUGAGGAGCUUGUGCCUCUAAACCCCACAGCCCAGGAGGCUCUUAAAUUUGCUGCAGAGAUUUACAAGCCUGCAGUUAGCACCAAGAACGUUGAGGGCGAAUUCGACAUCACAGUCGUGAAGUCCGAGACCAAGAAGCUGGAGGAGGAGAGGAGGAUCUUCAUGCCAUAUGAGAUCCCUGAGCCUAUUGUUCAUGAUCCCAAAGCUCUGGAUGAGGACAAGGGUAUCAAACAGUUUGUGCCUCUAUCUGACAUGAAGUGGUACAGAAAGCUCAAAGACCAGUAUGAGAUUUCAGAGAGGAUGGAGAGGAUUGUACAGAAGAGACAGAGACGUAUUCGCCUGUCCAGGUGGGAGCAGUUCUAUGUCAUGCCCCUCCCUAGAGUCACCGACCAGUACAGGCCAAGAUGGCGUAUUCCAAAACUCACUCUAGAUGAUCUGGAGACUGUCAGACCUGCCCGCCGUUCACCGUCUCCUGAAUCCGAGGUCUCCUUCAGAUCCAGAAGGAGAUCUCUGGGAGACCUUAGUGAUGAGGAGCUGCUGAUGCCUGUGGAUGACUACCUUUCCAUGAGGAGAACAGAGGAGGAAAGAAUGAUGCUGGAGGAUGAACUGGAGCUCGGCUUUUCUGCCUCUCCUACCGGCAGCCCGGUCCGUGUUGAACGCCAUGCUGUGGAACAUGAAGAGAGGAGGCAUGAGGUAAGGCACGAGGCUGUCGAGGUUGCUGAGACAAAGAAGAAACGCACUGUUUCUCAGUAUAUGAGGAGGAGGAGAUCACUGUCUCCCACGUACAUAGAGCUGAUGCGUCCAGUGUCAGAGCUGAUCAGACCUCCACGUGCCAGGCCUCCUGUGGAAGCGGAGGGAGAGGUUGUGGUCAGGAGGUCCCCCACUCCUGAGAGGACACGUCCCCGUUCUCCUAGCCCUAUCAGGUCUGUUGAGAGGUCAUCCCGCUCCUCCUCCAGGUUUGAGCGGUCUGCCCGCUUUGACAUCAUGUCCCGCUACGAGGCCAGGAAGGCUGCUCUGAAGUCUGAGAGGAAAUAUCAGGUGGUUAGUCAGACCCCUUUCAGCCUGGACCAUGCUCCUCGUGUGACUGUCAGGAUGCGCUCUCAUCGCAUUCCAAUUGGCCAAGACACCAAAUUCACCUUGAACAUCCAAGCCAAGCCAGAAGCUGAGAUUAAGUGGUUCCACAAUGGAACUGAAAUCUUUGAAAGCAGCGAGAAAUACAUCUUCAUCAACAUGAGUGGUGUUUUGUCCAUCACUAUUCUGGAGUGCCAGGAAGAGGACAGUGGCACAUACCGCUGUGUGUGCUCCAACUCCAAGGGUGAGGCUUCUGACUAUGCCACCCUUGAAGUUUCAGGUGGCGGCUACACCACCUUCUCCUCCCGUCGCAGGGAUGAGGAUGCUCCCAAAGCAUAUGUCCCUGAAGUCACUCGAGUUGACCACUACCACACCACCCACUUCAAAGCUGGCUAUGCUUCCGAGACCCACCUUGAGGUGCAAGAGAGCAAGUCUAAGCUAACUGAGACACAUGAGGUUGUCACACGAGAAAGAUAUGCUGCCUCCGCUGAGAGGUACUCCUCUGCUGAGAGGUAUGCCUCUGCUGAGAGGUACGCCUCCGCUGAGAGGUACUCCUCCGCUGAGAGGUAUGCUGAUUACCUGUCAUCUGGUUCUUCCUACUCAUCGGAAAAGUUUUCUCUAACUGGGAAACAAACCACAUCUGAAUCUAAACUGAAGUCAACUUCUGCAGUGGUUGCUGAGGAAGUUGCUGUACACAAGGUGAAGCCUUCUCUUCCUGCUAGAAUCCUUACCAAGCCCCAAUCUGUGACAGUUGCAGAGGGAGAGACAGCCAGAUUCUCCUGUGAUAUCGACGGUGAACCAGCACCCACUGUAACAUGGAUGCAUGAGAGCAGAACCAUUACCUCAUCUCACCGGAUUCAUGUCACCACCACUCAGUACAAGUCCAGCCUAGAGAUCUCCUCUGUGACAGCCUCCGAUGAGGGCAGUUACACUGUGGUGGUAGAGAACUCAGCAGGCAGACAGGAGGCUCACUUCACCCUGACCAUCCGCAGACCAGUUCCCAAAGAGGAAGUCAAGGCUGUAAAAUCCCCUGAGCCAUCUGUAAAGUCACCCACCCCCAGUGUAAAGUCACCAGAGCCACCAGUCACGCCAUCACCCGCUCCCUCUGUAACUUCCCCUGUCCCCAGCGUGAAGUCCCCUGAGCCUUCCAUUAAAUCACCAGCUCCAAGUGUUAAGUCCCCUGAACCAAGUGUAACAUCUCCAUCUCCGAGUUUAAAGUCACCAACGCCGAGUGUGAAGUCUCCUGAACCAGAGGGAAUUAAAUCUCCUAGGGGUGUCAAGUCUCCUGAGCCCAUUUCACCCUCUCCAGCACCCAGCUUAAAAUCACCAGCUCCAAGUGUCAAAUCUCCUGAACCUGAGGGAGUUAAGUCACCACGGGGUUUAAAAUCUCCUGAACCCAGACUCAAGUCACCACUCAAGUCCCCAGAGGGAGUGAAGUCACCUGAGCCUGAGGGAGUAAAAUCACCUCGGGGAGUCAAAUCUCCAGAACCUGCAGGACUCAAAACACCAAGAGGAGUGAAGUCCCCAGAACCAGCUGGAAUCAAAACACCGAGAGGCAUCAAGUCCCCAGAACCUUCAGGCAUCAAAUCCCCACGGGCCUUGAAGUCCCCUGAGCCUGAGGGACUCAAAUCACCACCUAGGAUGAAGUCUCCUCAACCUAUCAUGUCCCCCAAGAGAGUUGUGUCUCCACCCACCGUCAAAUCCCCAACCCCGAAACCUCCCAAGGUCCUUAGUCAGCUAACAGCUGAGGCCUAUGAGGGCUCAGUGAGGAUGUCCUGUGUCUGCGAGAGCAGCGUCAGGGAGGUAGUGUGGUACGUCAACGGGAGGAGGCUUUCGCAGAGCAGCCACUUUGAGAUGCACUGCUCUGAGGGCUCCUGCAGCCUUCUAAUUCAUGACUUGGCAGACAGUGAUCAGGGAGAGUACACCUGUGAGAUGACAUCAGAGGGAGGAGUAUCCAAAUCCUCCUUCUCCUUCACCGGACAGGUGUUCCAGUCCAUACGCAUGAAGGUCACAGCCUACCAUGAACAGAAACUGGCAGUUAAAGGAUCUAUGACGAUGGGUCACAAAGAGUCGUCGUCAUCCAUGAGCUCAUCCAUGAUGAUGAAGAAAGAAAUGCACACAAUGGAGGAGUCGUCCUCCUUCUCUUCCUCUGCCCAGCAGGCAAUGAUGUCAUCCAUGAUGGAGUCCAGCUCCUUCAGCAGCAUGGCAGCUGAGAUGAAAUUUGAGACCAUGUCCAUGUCCAGCAUGUCCUCAGUGGCGUCUGAGACGUAUGCCAUGAGCUCCAGCAGUCUCACGGAGAUGUCCUCCCUCAUGGAGGGAUCCUCAAUCAGAGCAAUCGGUUCUGCUCCCAGGAUCGAGGCUCUGCCAGAAGACAUCAGCAUCGAGCCGGGCAAAAUCCUGACAGUCGCCUGCGCCUUCUCCGGUGACGCCAAACACAUUGAGUGGUCUCGUGGCGGUAAAACCAUUGAGGUGACUGCCGGCGGACGCUUCCACAUCGAGACCACGGAGGACUUGACCACCCUCAUAAUCACGGGGGUGAAGGAGGAGGACGCUGGAACCUACACCCUCAAACUGUCCAACGAACUCGGAUCCGACACAGCGACUGUUCACAUUAGUAUUCGAUCAGUGUAAAAAAAAAAAAUCUAAUCUUGCAAUCUUCCCCUUUUCCCUACUUCCAUGCCUUUUUAUUUAUUAAUUGAGCGAAAUAAUCUACUUGAUAAAGAUCUGGAUUUCUGUUCUUGUAAAUAUGAACUAUUUUUGUACCAAUCUUGACAUUAAUUUAUGCCAAACUAGACUAAAGUCUAAAGUUGUUAUAAAAUGUGCCAUAUUGGAUAACUAUGACUUAGGAUUUUUGAUCCAUUUUUCUGUGACAUGUACAUAAUGUAUAUAGCCGAAUUUAACGGUUAUGGGAAAUGUAUGCAUUGUUAUUUAUGACAAUAAUAUUAACUGAAACAAAAUGAAACUAAAUGUGGUUUAACAGGAGAAAGUUUCACAAGGAACGAAUACCCUGUUAAACUGAGAAACUAAACUCUGUGCCUCAACGAUAAGUUGAAGUCUUAAGAUUGCCUCAACAGGUAGAGAGGCUCCCUGUUGAUGUUAACUCAAUCAGAGACAGAACUAUGAAUGCACUGCUGGAGAGUAGGAGCGGUGCUGUUGCAUUGCAACAAGAGCGUGAGAUCCUGAGUGCUGUUUGCAUAUACCCUCAUGUAAGCAGGACGACUAGACCUCACACUCUGACUGAUUAUGUCAUACCGCCAUUUCGAUGACACGCUCACAGUGCGAGCGGCCUGCACUCCCUGAGCACAAGUGUUUCUUUUUUGUUUUGUGCUCUGCUUCUGGCAAAUGAUCGCUCGCUCGACUCUUCGGUUUACCAUCAACCUGGCCAAUCACGAAAAAAAAAAUAAGAGUCCAGCUGGUGCUUGUUUGCAGAGGCAGAGCUGUCUCUCGGAGGUCUGCAGCGUGUUUGUGUGUUAGUUUUUAGUUCACCUGUCAGUCAAGCUGGGCGCCGCCAAGCACACGUACCGCAGCCGUAACCAACCGCCGCUGCGCUCGACAAGGACGGAAAGAAGCGUGGUGUUGCGUGUCGCUCAGCACUUUGGUUUGAUUGAAGUUAGAGUUGUUAGCAUUAUUUUUGCAGCCUCCUUGAGUUUUUCUCCAAUUAUUGAUUUAAUAAAGCAUGAUUAUCAGCACUA